AUGUCCCUGGCCGAGAAGCGGGAGGCGAGCUUCUCCUUGACGCCCAUGAUGAUCGAGGAGGACGCGGCGCUGAGGAACGGCAGCAGGGGGCUCUCGGGCCAGUGGGCGGACGCGGCGGCCGUGCGGCCGCGCACCACGGAGCGCCACAUCACGGUGCACAAGCGCCUCGUGCUGGGCUUCGCCAUCUCCAUCCUGGCGCUGCUCGUGGUCACCAUGAUCGCCGUGCUGCUCAGCGUGCGCAUCGAGGAGUGCAGCAGCAGCAGCAGCAGCGGCGGCGGGGACGCGGACGGCCCAGCAGGCAGGGCGGGCAACCGGAGCGUCCCGGCAGGAGGAGCAGCUGCCUCGGCAGGAAGUGCCCGCCGCAACCAUCCCAGCGCCGGGGAGCCCCCUGGCCGCGGAGGAGUGGAAUCGGAGGCGCCUGGAGGGGAAGAGGCGGCGGCGGAGGAGGAGGAGUGGCAGAGGCGUCGGGAGCAGCCGCCCUGGACGCAGCUGCGCCUGCCCGGGCACUUGCGCCCCCUGCACUACAACCUGAUGCUGAGCGCCUUCAUGGAGAACUUCACCUUCAGCGGCGAGGUCAACGUGCAGAUCGAGUGCCUCAACGCCACGCGCUACAUCGUGCUGCACGCGCACCGCAUGCACGUCGAGGCGGCUCGCGUGGCCGAGGACCGGCUGGCCGGAGCCCUGCGCGUCUCCAGCUUCUUCCUCUACCCGCAGACGCAGGUCUUCGUGGUCGUCCUCAACCGGAGCCUGGAGGCGCACAGAAGUUACAACCUCAAGAUCAUCUACAGCGCGCCCAUCGAGAACGAGCUGCUGGGCUUCUUCCGGAGCUCCUACGUGCUCUACGGCGAGAGAAGGUAGGCACCCCGCUCCCACCCUUUGAUCCCUGGUCCUACUACCGCUACAGUAUUUCCCUGCCUGUACUGACUCAGCGCACGAAUCCAUUUGUCCCAGAUACCAUCCAUAAGGGAUAUCCCCGUUCCCCGAUUUAUUCCCUACAAAAAUGGAAACCAUAGGAGCCGCCCCCUUUUCUCUCGUGGUAUCCACAACAGCCUGAUUUUCAAUCCGUGGUUUUCAUUAAAGCCCCACUCCCUUUAUUUAAGAGAGUAGUUUUUUUAUGACUGUCCCUGGGUAAUGGAUUUUCUGAGCAUCUCAGAAAAGGAUACUUUUGCAAAAGUUUUCCCCAUCAUAACUUAAAUGCUAUCCUCCCCACGUUCCAUAUUUAGGCUUGUUCGGUUCCUAUAUGUGCAUCUAAAACUCAUCCCACAGAUGUGAUAUUUAUUUACCCACUGGCUUUUAAAGUACAUAUAUAUCUCUUAACUUCCUUGCCAGAAGAGAGGCAGAUAGUGGUGGGAAGCUAGGACCCUGCAAUCUGGAGGCAGGAAGAGCAAAAUGUUGGAUCUCCCUUAUAGACUUACCGGACUCUUUAUGUUAUAGAUCUUACAGCUGACACUUCUGCCCUUUAAGAUGUUUUGAUUCUGAGAUACAAAGAGAGAAGGUCUCCUGGGAUGUGGCCAUCGCACAGAAAGGCCACCAGGGUUCUCCUUUUAUUCUUCUGCACCUGCCUUUGCAUGCUGGGGUCCCCAUGCCGCUGCCCCUGCUUUGUGUCGCAGGAAGGCAAUGUCAGAGCAGAGGAAUUCAUAGUACAUCAGAGAGACUUGCCCUGGGAAGAACCACGAAUAAAAAGCAGGCAGUCCUGCAUAGUUAAUUCUCUCAUGGUGUGGGUGGCACUGGCUUUUAUAAAAGCAUGAAAGGCAGGAUUUCUCAUUUUGGAUCACCUGAUAAGCUGAUUUGUCUAGGCACCGGGCAACAUCUAUGAUAUGAUACUGAGAGAACCUGAGAACCACUUGCAGCUGGCAUUCAGGAUUCUAGAAAAUCAGUACUUGACUAGCUUUGCCACUUUCUCCUGCACUUCAGCGUAAUUACCUCCCACCACAUUUAACCCCCUUAUUUUUCUCUCUCUCAAAUAGACACUCUUCACUUUCCCUCAUUUGUACAAUCAACAAACAGAAAAACUGAUAAAAAUGGAAGAACGAUGCUUUUUUAAAAAAAACUAAACUAAAAAGAAGAUAGAUUUGAAGAACUUAAAGUUUUAAGUUACUAAUGAGGGACUUCCCACAAAAUAGGCUACUUGAACCAUAGUGUAUUAAAGAUAGAUUUUGUGGUGCGUGUAAGAUUCUAAAAGCAGUUCACUGCAGUAACCUGACAACUUAGGUGCCAACUUUAUGUUACUGUAAAGCCAUGUUUAAGGAAGCCCUGGUGGACUGCACAUGUGGCAUUUGAAACCUGUGUUUGCAAGGUGGGGGCUGGGGUAGGGGCUGGGGGAGCAGCAGCAGAAGAUGGAAGCUUCAGCUGAAGAGUCGCUGGUGGGAGGUGAGUUAAGCAGUUGCUUCUCUGCCAUGUGCAGAUCCCACCCUCCCAAGAGAAGUCUGCAAGUGAGAAGGGGGAGUUGGGCUUCUCUACUGGGGUUAAAUGGGUGCUUUGCCCCUUAAUCAACUAAGACAAAACCUAGAGUCUGCAUUUUAAAGUUCCUUAAGUGUUUAUCUGGCUCUGCUUAUACGAACUUACAUAUCAAAGAAUACAUGAAUCAGCAACUUUUCAUCAUAUGCUACAGUCAGAGGGACAGGCGUGUUUUAACUUUGAGCUCUCCAACAAAAUAGUAAUGUACACUAAGAGCCGAAUGUAAUCAAAUAUUGUAACAUGGAUCUGAUUCACAUUAUUUGUAGAAAUGUAAACAGAAUUCAUAGAAGUGGCUUUCCUUUCAUAAGAAUGGGACUUAAAGAGACUUUUCACCUGUUUGCCUUCUGGCUGGGUUUUAUUAACAGAGUUUGAGGCAACUCUGAGAGCUUUGUGCCUCUUCUGGUUGUGAGACACUGCAUACACACAAGUCUGUGUAAGUGCAGGCUUAGGGUUUUUAUUCAUGCAGCAAAUCAAACAUGGAAAGCUAGGCUCUAGUUUAAAGGAAGCAAGGCUGAUUUCCUGCUAGCUUUGUUAGCAGAGAUCUAUACUGAAUUUAUUUUUAAACUGCUUGUCAUUGAAAAUCCAACCACAGAAUCUUAUUCUGUAAACCUCAUCAUUUCUUUGAGAGUCCCUGCUGAGCAAAUGGUUUACUUAAGCAAUUGGCACCCAGAAAGUAAGAAGACUGUCUUUCAGCUCAGUUAUGCCAAUAGCCUCAUCUUUAAGCAUUCUAAUGUUAUUACAUAUAUAUUAAAAACUCAGUGUUAUAAUCAUGGUCCAUGUUAGGAUUUUGUCUAAUCCGCCAUAAUGGCUGAUAUAAAAUGUUUUCUUUGCAGAGUUAAGUUUCAGGGAAGGUGCUACUAUGUUGAAUAUUUUAUUGCAUGAAGAUUAGAGUGGGGAAGAUAUCAACAGUCUUCCUCAGAAACUUUUCUAAGUGAUUUAUUAGCAGAAUAGUAUAUCGCCUCACCACUAAGAUAUAAAGCAUUUACUUGUAUUAUUUUCAGAUGUUGGUUAACUGUGAAAUACAACAAGAAGAAAAGAAAUGUAGCAAAAUUUUAAUAGAUCAGUAUAUUUAGUACAUAAAUUUUACAGCAUAAAGUCUUUACAUUGCAAUUAAAACAUAGUUCUCCAGUGUCCAGAGAUAAAUUAACUAAAAUACAGUCCAUUUUUUCAGUUGUAUUAGAAUUCCCUGCUGCAUGAUUUUCCUUUCUGAAAUGUGAAAAGUUUUAUAGAGCACCAUGAUUUAGAAUUCUGUUCCACGAGUCCAGAAAGUGUGGCAACUUGGUAGUACUUUGCCAUAAGAUGGUUUGAAGCUAACAUUAUUUAAUAACUGCUAUGGUGUUAUAAGAUAGUUGAAGAAAUUAGUAAUCAGAAUGCUAAAUUAACACAGACAAAAGUUUACUUAAGUUGUUUGAUAGAUUUUUGCAGCAGACUUGAAACAUAUUGUAAAACUUUGAUAGUUUUACAAUGUAGCAGAAUUGAAACAUUUUACUUGUUUUGUACAUUUGAAACAAUCUUCUUCUCUGAGGCCUGACAAUGCAAUUUCAUGGAAAGUUGUACUAACCUUUUCCUAAGUAGGGCAGAGCACUCACCUUAAGCAAAGCAGCAGCUCUUGAUUUUAUAGUCAAAAGUCAUAAAUCUCUCUAUAAGACUAUGGCACCAUAGAAAUGCUAAUUUUUGCCUCUCAGGUUAUUUCACCUUUAGUGGAGAAAUGAAUUGCUUAUUCAUAUAUAUACAGACACCCACCCACCCCUUGUGCUAGAACAUAAGUUUUUUGCUAGAGAACAACAUUUUCUUCCACCUAACUGCUUGAUUUCCUUUCCCCCCUCAUAUCCCCCAAGGUGUCAAAAUAGACAAGUUGUUGAGAAAACAUGUCUACAUUUUAAUAGAAGAUGUAGAAUUGAUAGUUGCAAAUUACAGUCAUCUGUACGCAAAGAAGCCAACCUGCAAGUCUUUUAUAACUAUAAUUACACAUUUAAGAUUAAAUCCUGUCAUCAGUUUAUGUGUGUGUAAGUUUUUAUGUGUGAGCAACAGACUGCCAUCCUGUAUCCAGGAGUAAGUCCUGUUGAAGUCAGUGGGAUUUAUUUCUGAGCAAGCAUGCAUAGGAUUGUACUGCACAUGCAGGAUUACAGCAUGACAGUUAAAAUUGAUUUAAUUGUACUUUUCUGAUAAAUGAUUUUUUGAUCGUCAGGACCUGUAGUAUGUCUUCCAGAGCACAUUACCUUAUGUUGAAAUCGCCACGUAUUCAGAACCCCAAUGUGCCCACUAGCUGUGAUUUUUCCCCCCUCCUUUACUUUCAUGCAGUAUUGGGACAUUGCAGAUGAGAUCGUAUUGCAUUUUCAUGAAUGUAACAGAUGUGACAUAAACAUUUGUUACUUGUCGGGAAGUUAAUGCAAAGAAAUCAUUGGUCUCUGGCAUGUGUGUUUUAGUAUAAUGCUUCGAGGACUGAAAAUUGCCUUUUAAGAACUUUCAUAAAACUGAAUUUAUCACUAGCUAAACUUCGGUUCCAGUUCUAAAUAAUUAAAGACAAAAAGCAUGUCUCGUAUCUUACUGUAGAUUUAAAGUAAGUCAAACAUUUGCAUUUUUGCCUGUUUGGGCAUAAGCCCAUUGAUUCCAUUGCUUUUUAGACUGCAAAUAGAUUAAACAAUGCUAGAAUGUGUAUUUUACUACCAUAUGUUGCUGAAUUUAUGAUAAUUAAUUUUGAAAGACAACUUAAACAUUCAAUUUUAUACAUGUCUAUUUUAUACAUGUCAAUUUUAAACAUUUAAUUUUAUACAUGUCUACUCAGAAGUAGACCCUAUUGAAAUCAGUGGGACUAACUGCUAAGUAAGGUUAGGAUAACAGCGGUAGCAGUGCUAGCUUUUAUCACAAUUGUUCUACCAAUGAUUUCUUAGUGAAUGGACCCAAACAAGGUGGUUUAGAUUCCCAGUGAUGCUGAAUGUUCACUUGAUAUUGAUAGUCAACAAGUAACAUACUGAAAAGUUGAAUAAGGCCUUCAGAAAUAUAGUUCAAGAAGGUAAGAAACCUUUAGGUAAAGAUUCGCUUUGCCUGUUUAUUAAUACAUCCCUCAAAAGUUCUGUUUUUGAUAGAGCAAAAUACCAAUAACAGAAAUCUGAGUAAUCUAAGGGCUCACCCACACUUCCACUUGUCCCAUGCCUAGAAAGCACGAGUCCAAGCUGUUUUCCACUUGUCCCAAGGCUUGUUAUGCACAGGUCUAAGCAGUUUUGCCAUUGCCCCACUGUUUUUUCAUGGAAAACCUGUUCUUUAGUGCUGAAUCAGAGCAAAGGUCAAUCCAGAGCAAACCCGAUGGAUGUUUGCUCCGAUUCAGCAGUAGAGAUCAGGUUUUCCUGGGGGGAAGUGACAGGGCAAGUGGAAGUGUGGAAAGCCUUUUCAGACGUUGAGAAUAAAACUGGUUUUAACAGAGGCUUUUCACCUUGUGAAACUUCGUAGUUCAGAUAGGAAAUGCAUUGCUUGAAAACUAACAAUUAAUAGUAUAGUAUCUUGUUAAUUUAAGACAGCGAUAGAAUGUUGCAAAUGGAAUAGUGCCUUCAAUGCACUUCAAUGCAAAUUACAGUGUUCAAAAAAAAUAAAGUAAGAUAGAUGCUUUUUGCCCAUUAGACAUUCAGAUUUAAGGAUGAAGGACACUGAACUCAGACACAGUGUGUCUUUUAUAUCUAACUCAUCCAGGAAGAAAAAGUAGAGAGUGACAGAGGACUAAAAGGUAAUCUUGAGCAAGUCAGUAUCCCUAACCAUAUUUUAAUCAUGGUCAGAGUGCUGUGAUACAGAUAGCUAUGUCCACGUUUCCCAGACUUUUGCAUAGUAGGAUAAUACCUUCAGCAUUCACAUAAUGACACAGAUAGCCCUGGGCUUGCACAUUCCCUCUCACACAUGAGACAAUGGCAUUGGUCACUUCCACUGCUGGUGCUGAAUAAACCACAGUUCUCCAUUACAGUUGUACCUUGGAAGUUGAACGGAAUCCGUUCCGGAAGUUCGUUCAACUUCCAAAAUGUUCGGAAACCAAAGCGCGGCUUCUGAUUGGCUGCAGGAAGCUGCGGAAGUUCGCAAACCAGAACACUCACUUCCAGGUUUGUGAUGUUUGGGAGCCAAAACGUUUGAGAACUAAGCUGUUCGAAAACCAAGGUACGACUGUAUAUCUGAAUUGGGAAUUGUGGUUUCUUCUGUUUCUGGUUAGUUAACGAACUAGGAUCUGAAACGAACACUUCAUCUUGAUUUGUAUGAGGGAACCACAUUUAGAAUAAGCCACAAUUUCCUGAGUUCAGACAUAAUAGGAAACUGCAGUUUAUUCUAAAGUAGAAACAUUUAAGGGGGAGGAGGGGGCGCAAGCCUGAGGUUUGCUGCCGGUCAUUUUCUUACAUUUAGCAUUGUGUUUGAACUGGGUCAAUAAUUUUAUAUAACUGCCCUCAUUUUUUUCUUAAUGGAGAUUUGUUUUAUUAAUGUUAGCAGUGUUAGGAAAUUGUUACUGGUAGAGCCAUGAUUUGUUCCAUUCUGCAAUUCAACUCUGCAAUAGUAAUGAAUUAAAAAAUAACUUAGUGAUUGCAGUUAUUUAUAUCUCAUCUUUCAGGAUAUAGAUAUUCCCAAGGUGCUUUUCUAAUAACAAAAUACAUUUUUUAAAACCCACAGUAAACACUUACAAAUCUCCAGGGUCCUUCUCAGGGCAGGUAGAUGUGUGGGGGUGGGGAGUUCAGCUGCAACAGGCUUUUACAACUCCUUCACCUGCCUUCUCUGACAAUGAGACUGCAGAAGCGGAUUGCGUAAGAAUUUGUACUUAAAAUGCUAAAGCAUUUUUCUCCCCUCCCCCUUCAUGGAAAUUUAUUCUGAAAUAAAACGGAUUUGUAUGCAAUCAUGUCAAUCUGCUGCUGUUUAGAUAUUUGCUUUGGAUACUUUCAUUACUUGCAGUACACAACUUUGCCGCUAUAAUCAAUUGCUUGGGAAGGUGUUACUGAGAUUUACAGGUAUCGUCAACUUUUGGAAAUAAUGGCUCUCCAAAGCAUUCUUAAGCCAGAAUACUUUAUAUGUGGCCCUAAGAAGCCAGUGUACCCUGUCAGCGCUGAAGGCCCUAGAGAUUUCCCUGAGGGUAAUUAAAUCACUGACGCAGCAGUAGUUAUUUGUUUUACUUUGUAGGGGUUAAUACUGGCUGAUGUUCUGUUGGUUUGAGGUUUAAAUGUCAACAUAAAUAAAUAAAUACUAUAUCUAGUGCUUCAGUAUUUAUUUAAUGCCAGCAUCCUUUCUCAAGUGCUGCUCCUUGCAGACUGAAGCGAGCAGAAGAAUUUAGCUGAAAAUAAAAACUAACAUUGUUGGGGAAUGCUUCAUAGUGACUUUAUUUUGUAUAUCACACUGCAGUUUCCCCCCCUUGUACAUUUCACUAUUUUACCAGCUAUCUUUGCAUUAAGAUCUGAAUAGAAAUGAGUGUUUCUUUCAUCUUUUUUGUCUUCAGGUUUCUUGCAGUUACACAGUUCUCUCCUACCCAUGCCAGAAAAGCCUUUCCUUGCUUUGAUGAGCCCAUCUACAAGGCCACGUUCAAAAUCAGCAUCAAACAUCAAGCAACCUAUUUAUCUUUGUCCAAUAUGCCUGUGGAAACUUCUGUUUUUGAAGAAGAUGGAUGGGUUACGGAUCACUUUUCACAGACUCCGCUCAUGUCCACAUAUUACCUAGCCUGGGCUGUUUGCAACUUUACAUACCGUGAGACUACCACAAAGAAUGGAGUUUUGGUAAGUAUUUUAUUUUAUUUUUUAAAUCAGCUUACAUAUAUUUAUUGAAAAACCUUCCUUUUUGAGGGGGGGAAGGGAAAUGACAUGCCCCCCCCAAUGCUUGCAUAUUCAUUAUCUAUUACAUUUAAAGUCCUUUCUGCCUCCUGGUGAAUCUGUUAUAGUACAAGCAGAAAGAGCCUAGGAUCAGGCUAUUAAUAUCUGCCUUCACUUUUCAUUGCUGCUUCCAUGUAUGAACAAAGGUUAUACAGAUGUUUGUGAGAGGAAUUUGUCUCUCUUAGAAGUGUUAAAGUGCAUGGUUUUUUCUCCCUUCAGUUCAUGGCAAUGUUUUUUUUUUUUUACAAGUAAACAAUGCAUUUACAUAAAUACAUUCAGCCAUCUCUCAUUGGAGCUGCUUCGCAUAUUAUCAGUUAGUGUAGUGAUGGCCAAACUUGGCCCUCCAGCUGUUUUGGGACUACAACUCCCAUCAUCCCUAGCUAACAGGACCAGUGGUUAGGGAUGAUGGGAACUGUAGCCCCAAAACAGCUGGAGGGCUAAGUUUGGCCAUCGCUGAAAUAGUGUAUAUAUUUCAAGCGUAGCUACAGUGCAGCUGAUUACUUGAGGGAAUGCUAUAAGUUUGGGUUUUAUUUUCUGUGUGCAUUCUACAUGUACAUUGUGUGUGGAUCCAGUCUCAAGGCUAAUUGUGGCUCUGUGUGGUAUGUACACAUGGUGAAAGAAAGGCAUGACUUGCUGGUUUCUGUGUCCUGUGAAGUAGCACUUAGUUAACCAAAUAUCCUGUGGGCAUAGUAUAACACCAGUCUGUUUUCUGAGAAUUCACAUAAACUAAGAGCAUUGUGAUGCUAGGCCACCACUAAGCAUGUAGGCAGUAUGCCGCAACUCAUGUGUGUGUGAUAGCCUGAAGAUGACAGUGAGCGGCAUAGUAGCUGUUGCUUGUACUUCAUUGACCGGUUCCAUGUUGGCUAAACAGGUCAUUAGCUUAAAAGUAAUUAUUAUCAGAAACAAUAACUAGUAUUUCUGUUGCAAAAUGAAGUUGCCGUUGAUUCUUUCUCAGGGCUGUAGUGAGCCAAGUCCUACAAAAGAGUAGACCUAUUGAAAUUAAUGAACCUAAGUUAGCUAUGUCUAUUUACAUCAGUGGGUGUACUCUGAAUAGGAUCACUCUCAGGCUUUAUUCAGUUACUACGGGAAUAAUUGUGGAACAACUUCUGCUUGGUCAGUUGGACUUACCUCCUUCCCUUCUCACUUGCUCUGUUUGGGGGAAAACCCAGAACAGAUUUAGCAGACAAGUGGAGGGAGGAGAGGGGAGAGAGCCCCUUUUGCACGAGCAGCUCUGCUUACGCAAAGAGGUACUUAGUGCUACUUUGAAUAUAACCCUUAUCUAUAGAGCUAUGCGUAGUUGGAAUGUAAAAUCUUGAAGGGGUUUCCAGCUGCGCUUUUGGAUCACUAGGGAGUGACUUUGUAAUGGUUUGCAGGUGUCACGCACAAGGUUCUGCAAAAGCAUUUCUUUUUGGAGGCCAUACAGUAUGCUUCUGAAUGCCAGUUUCUAGGAACUGCAGAAGGGGUAAGGUAAAGGGUAAAGGGACCCCUGACCAUUAGGUCCAGUCGUGGCCGACUCUGGGGUUGCGGCGCUCAUCUCGCUCUACUGGCCGAGGGAGCCGGCGUACAGCUUCCGGGUCAUGUGGCCAGCAUGACUAAGCCGCUUCUGGCGAACCAGAGCAGUGCAUGGAAAUGCCGUUUACCUUCCCGCCGGAGUGGUACCUAUUUAUCUACUUGCACUUUGACGUGCUUUCGAACUGCUAGGUUGGCAGGAGCAGGGACCAAGGAACGGGAGCUCACCCCGUUGUGGGAAUUCGAACCGCGACCUUCUGAUCAGCAAGUCCUAGGCUCUGUGGUUUAACCCACAGCGCCACCCGCUUUGCAGAAGGGGAGAGUGCUAUUAUUCUCAGUCCUGCUUGCCGGUAUCCUACAGGCAUCUGGUUGGCCACAAGAUGCUGGACUAGACAGGCCAUUGGUCUGAUCUAUCAGGCUGCUCUUACAUUAUUUGCAAAGACUUCUUGUAAGCACUGAAUGGUUUAUCCACCGGCACCCUUCACUUGGUUCUCCACAUUGAAGGAAACGUUUGGUUGUCCUGGAAUGUGGUUUAAGCUUAUUGGCAGCGAUCUAGGAGUUCCAAUGUGUGUGAGAAGAAACAAAACUGUUUACGUCAGUUUGUUUUGUUUUACAAAUCUCAUGUGCAGAACUGUGUAAUAAGUUAAACAUGUCACCAGAAAUUCUGCCAGCUAAUAUAUAACACACACAACCUCCUGCCAACUCUCAUUUCUUUCUAAUGCAGGGAGGAGGGACUUUUCCUUUGCAACAAGCUUAAUCCACAUAACAAAGCAUAUUUGUGUUAGAAUUGCUGAUUGUGACUUGGGCCAAAGAGGUGGAAAGCAUCUUCUGCACGCCUGUGAAAAAUAUCCAGUGUUUGUGUGAUUAUUUUUUUUAAAAAAGUAAUGAACUCUGGAGUGUUUUGUCUUUUGGUGUGAGUGUUCUAUAAAAGCAGAUAGGAUCUGAGGGUAGAGCUUUCCUUAAACAUGUAGCACGACCCCUCCAUAGAACAUUGAUGGUGAAGGGCAGGUAAUAAAGAAAAAAUGAUAGUAGUAGUAAAUGUGUGUAGGAUUUCAAUCUUCUGUUUGUUGGGCUGCAUAUCAAAACCAGCAUUAAGUACAUUAGAAUUUGCUUGGCUGCUAGUUUGAAUGGUGUAUUUUGUCUUCUCUCCCUGGAGAAAUGCAUUGUAACCUAAAGAUUCUGCUACUUAUGCCUUAGCUUUCACAUUGAGCUGUAGCUGAGGUCCAUAUCAUAACCAUCUUGGCACUUUACUUACUAGUUCAAUUUCAGCUGUAUUGAGUGGCAAGUCAAGAUAGUCCAAAAACAGCAAUAACCAGCCAUGCUAUUUUUUGGGCUGUCUUUUGUGGCUACACUGAAAUGACUUGGUGGCCUCACUGAAUUAACCUCUAUCUUCACAAGAUCUUUGUCUUAAUUGUAGUACACCAUACUUGUAAUGGCUAAGAAGUACUUAAGUGAUUUGGUCAGGGGAAAACAAAGCAUUUCUGCUGCAGCAGUCAAGGGCUCUUGCUGCUUGUUAUAGCAAAGGUUCUCUUUUUACCUGCGUCGAAAUAAGAGCUGAUGACUUGCACUUGAAUAGGUCUCAAAUUCCAUGAAGUAGAGAGCAGUGAUGCACAAGCACAUUAAUUUGUGAGAGCAUUGUAAAAAUAUUGUGGAUUAACAAAGCUCAUCAUUAACCAUCUUUGUCUCAUAGAAGUUUUAUAUAAAACAAAAAUGCCAGGUACAACCAUUCCGUAUGCUGCCAGAGUAUUGAAAUAUUACAGUUUCCACUACAGGUGCACAUAACAUAUUAUAUAGGAUGGAUUAAAGGAUGUGUGGAAGGAGAGCUGCAAUUUACUGCCUCACCAUUUAAGGGUAUGCAGUGUUGCGGGCUGCACUCACUUCUAGGUGACAAAGUUGCACAUACUUCCAUAGGCCAGAAGAUCAGGCUGCUGGAUUUGCAAGUGGGUAGUACAGUUAUAUCUCGGGUUACAGACGCUUCAGGUUGUGUUUUUUCGGGUUAUGGACCUGCCGAAACCCAGGACGGGUUACUUCUGGGUUUUGGCAGUCACGCAUGCACAGAAGCACUAAGUUGCGCUUUACGCAUGCACAGAAGCGCUGAAUCGCAACCCGUGUGUGUGCAGACGUGACACUGUGGGUUGCGAAUGCUGCGGGUUGUGAACGUGCCUUCUGCACGGAUCACGUUUGCAACCCGAGUGUCCAUUGUACUCUUCUUAUGCUAAAUGGUAUGGGUGCUAUUGCAAGUUAGAGCCAGUGUUUAGUAUUUGGCUGUCAUAUAGAACUUAACUAUAUAAGUUCAAUAAAUAAUAACUGUAGAAGAGUAGUCCAGAACAUAUCUGCCCUCUGCAGAUAGGCUAAUGAUUUGAAGACAUUUAAGUCAUGAACUCAAACCUGUUUGACAUUCAAUACGCCAGAACACAUCUUUAACAUAUAUUUUAUUUUGAUUGAAGUGUGCUACGAAGUGAGAGGAGAAAUAGUUAAGUUGCUCUGUCUCCUAAACAGCUACCCAAUUAAAACAGUAGUAAUAGUUGCUGUCAUAAUGGUAUAAGUAAUAAUAAUAAUAAGUAAUAAUAUUACUUAUAAUAUAAGUAAUAGAUAAGUAAUAAUAAUAAUAAUAAUGGCAAAGUUUUUAUCGGUGGUUGCAAAAACCAGUGAUCCCUAUAUUCUGAACAAAAUGCUUGUUUAACUUGGAGGUAGGCUGUAUGAAUUGUGCAUUGCGUUGUAACGAUUUGUUGGGUCCCUGGACCGUAAUAAAGAUUGUUGUUGUAAUGAUAAUAAUAUAGCACAGAACAUCCUAGAAAGCUCAAGGAAAUGUCCUGGCAUCUUGAAGGGAAAGCCAUGCUUUCUUCUUUCUUUUGCACCUUCCUUAAUGCCCCACCACUAGCUAAUCUUGUUAUGGGACAAAACUCUUGAACUCCAAUAUGAUGGUUAAUCUGAACAUGAUUCCAGGCUGGUCAGCUGAGCACAGCCAAGAGAAAACUUCGUCGCUUUGGCAUGCUUACUCUACACAGCAUGCCACUUCAACUAAGUGGUUCUUUCAAGCUUCAUCGGAAAGGAGAAAAUUACAAGAUACUGUAGAGAGAGAAAGGGGGAAAUAAAUCCCUAGUGCCAUUUGGUAUUGCUGUUAGUCAGUUUACAUGCAUCAAGCUUGCACAAAGGCUGGCACAGUAUGUGUACAGCAGCCAAGGGGCAUCCUUUCGGAGGCAUGCGGAAGAAAAACUCUUCAGCUCCGUUCUCUCCCUUGCUAUAUCUGUUUUGUAGGGCAACUGCAUGCCAGUGUUAGGGUGGAUGGUGCUGCACUUGACUCUUAGGAUGCUGUUCUAGGGCAGGGCCUCAUUUCACAGAAAUUUCUUAGAGGGGUAGUUUUGCACUUUGCUUCAUAACUUUCUUUCUAGGGGGGCUAGAGUCCUAACUUUUUUUUUAAAGCAACACUCAGAAUUUGUGGCCCUUGCCCAGGAGAGUGUUUUGCUGAUGAACUCUACAGGUUCUUUAAAGGAUCUUUGGUAGUCAAUAUAUGAGGGGAAAGAUGUUAUUAUUUCAACAGAAUAGGACAAACUCAUUAAACGGUAACAAAAACAAAACAGUAAACCUCCUGAAACCUUCUUACACAAUAAUACAAAGCCCUCUGCCACCAAGGAAUAACCCCAAAGGGACAAUUUCAAAGUAAUAGUUCCCCUCCACCAGAUCUUCACCCACGUACACCACCAGAUCCAACCUUGGGAAGCCUCAGCAGUCUUUGGUCCAUCAUCAUCUUCCUCCUGACCACAUACCCUUCACUAUUUGUGCCUGCCUAACCAGGUGGGGCUGGAUAUCUGCACGGCUGCCACCUUUGGCAAUUAGGACUCCUAAUCUGGCAAACCAAGCCCCUUUGUUCCAUGGAACCCAUGGGUCCCAUAUUGAUGAACCCUGUUAGGUCUUCCCACCUCACACUUACAGACCCUUUGGCAGCACAUCUUUCUCCAGCCUUGGUAACUCCUGUGGCCUCAGCACAGGGAGAAAGAUUGACUCAAAGUUUUCCAGUCCAACCUUUUUGAAACCAGUGAUGUUUUUGAUCAUACAUGCUAUGGUAAAAAAUUUUUUGCAUCGAAAUAAAAAACCCAAAUGGAAAGUAAAUUUCUAUUAUCCAUAGUAUUUAAAUAAUGCAAAGACUUUAGACUACAAUACUCUGUGCUAAGAUAAUUUAAAAUACUGAAAUAUCAUUCCAGUCUAGGAGUGAACACUAGUCCUAGUUUGCUUCGAAUACUUAAAUUCUAGAGGAAUAAUUGGAACUGAACAGCUAAUUUAACCUCUUUUCUAUUCCUGGAGAAUUUGUAAGCAGUUCACAAUUUUUCCCAGUUCAUUUGUUAUUUAGAUUUACUCAACAAUUAUUCUGCAUUUGGGGGCUGAUUGCAGAUAUUCUACACUUGAGCUCUGUGUUGUGUAAUACUGAGUGCUCUGAUAAAUCAUGCAUUCACGUAGUGCAGGAAUUUGGCUUCUGUAGUUAUUUUCAUCAGUAAAAAUGUACUCGCUAUAUGAUUUUUCUAGGAGGCAAACACAAAAGGGAUGGACAGUGGCGUAGUAAAUUAAUCUGAAAUGCGAAUGAAUAUUCAUAGCGAUUCAAGCAGGUCUACGUGUUGCAGCAGAUAAGUGGGCACUUACUAUUCUGGGUGGGGUAUUUCAGUGGAGGUAGCACACAGUUCAGGGCUGCCUUUGUAAAUACAUAAAGAAUUCUAGACACUGAUUACUGUCAUUCUGGUACUUCGGUAAGCUCUGAAGUCAUUAAAAAAUCACAAACUUCCUUUGCACUUUGAUACAAAGCCAGCUUUCUAAUAGCCACCCUUACUUAUCCAUGUUUUGCUGCAGUGUACAAUUUUUGUCUAUGUUCUAGGUCACCUAAAAUCCCCUAAGGAGUAGAACUGUUGCUCAGUAGAAAUUGCUGACUAGAUGUACUAAAUCGUUUUACUUUUAAUGCAUGCAGUUAUUUCAGUAGAACCCAACAUUGUGAACAACUGGAUCAUGGGUGUGUGUGGAAUCUUCCACAAGACCAAUGGGUAGUUGUGGAUAAAAGUGGUGGGCUUUGGCCAGGGAAAGUUGGGAUCAGAUGACCACUCAGCUAUAGAGCUCAGUGGAUUCCUUUGGGCAAGUUGUUCUCAUUCACCCUCAUCUGUCUCAUAGGGUCAUUAUAAGGAUAAAACUGGAUAACCCCACACAACCUGCCUGGAAAAGCAGGAUACAAAUAUGAUAAACAAAUGAAGAGUCUUGUAUUAGUGUGCGUGAAUGGUAUAAAUAGGUAGGGGAAAAUGUGGAGAAGUCCCUUUCUUCAGUUUUAUGCACAUGGAAAGUGAUAGUGUGAUAUGCUUGGCAUUGUUGUUUUUCACAUUAUUUUUAGACCUUUCUUUAUUCAAGCAGAUCUAGAAGCAUCCUUCCCAUAUUCAUGCCUCCCACAACUAUGUCAGUUAGCUGUAACAUCCAUUUUUACAAAGUGUUACUGAUACUGAAAGAAUAGUUUAGAAAUAUCCACAGUUGAAGUUCCCCACAGAAAGCAUCCUUUGUUUAAUUUGGAAGUAUUUCUGUUGAACUUUGGAGAGGCUUAGAAAGCAGUGGGAUGUAUUGCAGCUUUUUAAACCUCCCCAAGGCUUAGCAUGAGACCUGAAAAUAGUUCCUACCAUUAUCCAGGCUUGGAAUAAUAGCAUGAGCUCUCAUGGGGGGGGGGGGAAUGUGUCAAGCUGCCAGGCAUAGACCCUUGCCUUUUUAUUCUCAUGGAGCUUGAGAACUAUUUUUUUUGGUAAGGUAAACACAGGACCCAAUGUGUUUGGGUACCCGUGGGUAAUCCAGCUGAGAUGUCUAAGAGUUGUUAGGGCAAAAUGACUGGCAGGGGAAUGUUCAGGUACUUCCUUCCCAGCUUGUUCCUUUCUAAUGUGAGUCUCCUUCAGCUGAGGACUUUUUGUAAAGAAGGGCUGUCAGGAGUUUGCUACGUGCAGCUGUAGAGUAGCAUGUAGUUGACUUUAAGCUGUUGCUCUUGGGUGGAUGCAGGCAGCACUGUGGUGUAAACCACUGAGCCUGGGCUUGCCGAUUGGAAGGCUGGCGGUUCGAAUCCCUGCAACGGGGUGAGCUCCCGUUGUUCGGUCCCUGCUCCUGCCAACCUAGCAGUUUGAAAGCACCUCAAAGUGCAAGUAGAUAAAUAGGUACCACUCCGGCAGGAAGGUAAACAGCGUUUCCAUGCACUGCUCUGGUUUCGCCAGAAGUGGCUUAGUAAUGCUGGCCACAUGACCCGGAAGCUGUACACCAGCUCCCUCGGCCAGUAAAACGAGAUUAGCACCGCAACCCCAGAGUCAUUCAUGGCUGGACUUAACUGUCGGGUCCUUUACCUUUUAAGGCAGUGAUAUAAACUCAGUUAUGUAAUAUAAUUGAUAAAUGGCACCUUAAACAUGGGUUGGGGUCACCACAAUGGAAUGUCUAGGUGCCUCUUUUUGUUUGUUAUUUUACAGUGGAAUAUCAUCAUCAUCAUUUUCAUUCCUGUUCUGCUUUAUAUUUUAAAAAACCAAUUUCAAAGCAGUUUACAACACAUUAACACAACCAAUAAAACAAUCCAAAAUAAAACAAAUUCAGGCUUCACGGAAAAUAUUUCAGACACUACUCUAAGGGACAUUUUGCUUUCCCCAAACACCAGCCUGGCAUCCACAGAUCUCCACAUGGUCACAAUUGGAUCGGUGCCAGUCGCAAAACGCGCCUUGCACCUGCCUAAUUUCUAACACUGGACGUAGGGACUUUGCACGUGGUUGCAAAUUCCAAAAGAAACGUUGCUAUGCAUUUCAACUUUUUGGUUUUGACUGUUAAUGGAGUACUUCUCUUCUUGGAAAUGCCAUCCUCAAAGCAUCAGCAGAGCAUAUCACUUGUCAAUUAAAUUUCUUAGUUCAGAAAGAUGAACUUUGAGAAGAGACCAUUAUAGAAUGUAUGCAUGCCCUCUUCCCUUUUAUAUGACUACCCAGUCUCUAUAUGAAAUGUGCCAUUAAGGAGGGAGCCCGUAUGUAGUGUAAUCCACAAAUAAUGCAAGCGGAAUGAAAUAUUAAGGAGAAACCCGGUCGCUGCUCUGGCUAGAGUGUCAAUAACUAGCUGCUUGGCAGUGGCUUCCACAAACAUAAUUCAGUAUCUGAGGCAACAUGUCAUCCUGCUAUUAAUUUUUCAGCAAUAUAAAACUGAAGUUAGUUAAAAUUUAUAUUACAAGUAAGCAAUAAGUGGGCUCCGCCUUAAGUCUUCGCUGUUCACAGCUGGACUAUUUAAAUUCCUAAAAAUACAUUCUCUGUCAGUGAGUCAUUGCUUCAAUAAUAAUAAAUAAAUAAUGCUGAAAUGUUUUCAUGGGUGAGUCAAUGCAUUGCAGUAGAGAAACUCAGUAGGACAUCGACAAUAUAGGUUUUCUUUUUAAAUCCUUCCCUGAAAACACCCACACAGUUUAAACUGAACAUUGUGUGUAUAUGUAUAUAAUAAGCAUAAUAUGAAAGGGUGCAUAUUUGUAUAGAUAAUAUAAAAUGAAUCGUAUUAAUCUGACAUGGUGAAGUGUUCUGGACCUGUAUGAUGCUAGGCAAGCAUGAUUUUGAAAUGCCCUAGGACAGAAGCUUACAUGUGCUGGACCUAUUGAGGUAAGUGAUGCUUGCAAAGCGAUUGUAUCCAAAGCUACAGCUUUUGUUGCCUUUGGAACUUUACUAGGGCCAGAUCUCCUAGCAGAGAGGUGUGGAACUUUCAGCCCAAGACCUAAUCUUUGCCCACUAUGGGGUCAGAUUUGUCCCACAAGGCCAUUAUCUUAGGACCUGACAGUCAGGGCUUCAAAAUGCAGCUUCACUGUGACUUUAGGUGAUUUGAAAGGCGGGCUGCCCUUUGCAAGGAUGGAAUUUAGAGCAGAGGAGGGGAGGAGGAGUGCUUAAAUUCUUUGUCACCAACCAUUUGUCUGCUUCAAAUUACUACCAAUAUUCUUUAACCCCAUGGGAUUCCAGAUGUGGAUUUACCAUUGCAUUUGGGGAAUAGCAGCUGGGUGGAUGAUGAGGACCUGGAGUAGAUAAAGGAAAGUUUCAACAGCCUCUUCUACUGCUGCUUAUUUCUUCAAGAUGUAACUGUUUUUAGCAUACAACUCUGCAAAAAGUAGCAGCCUUCUUUAUACUUUGCAUGCAAUGUGUCGUUUGCCCCUUAAGCUGGUUGAGGCUGCCAGCAGAGCGGUAGGGAUUUUUAAAAGUUACAUUUCAGAAUGAUGAAAAGUGUCUUGUUGUAAUGGUAUUUUAUUUUAUUUGCUCUCCCCUAGUCUAUGGAUGGAACCAGUACAAGUUUGAGUAAGCAAAAAACAAUGUAUCUUAGCACAUUGAGUACUUAAAAAAUAAUAAUAAGGUGUGUGUGUAUUAACAACAAACAAUAUCAGAUUUGCAAACAAAUUCACAGAAUAGUCUAAAACCCAUGAAUUGCAAACAUACAGCCUAUUGUUAUUCAUCUCCAUUUGAAUUUGCAAGCUGAAUGCACUAGGAAAAUACUGUACAUACAUAGUGCUUACUCUUUCGGGGGAAAACUCCUCAGUCAGCAUUUGUGGUACACACAGUAUUUAAAUGCAUACAUAUAUUAUCAUAAAUUCUCUGCUGCUCUUGAAUAGAAUGGCAUUUAAUGAAAAGAGGUGCCACAUUUAAAUCUUUCACCUCUGCAAGCAAUUGUAAGCAUGGAAAGUGGCAAAUGCACAGAGAAGAACUGGAUUUUUCAAUCUGCCUUAAGUAAAGACUGCUUCAUACACUAUCAGGGCUGGUCCUACCAUUGGACAAAGUGAGGCAACUGCCUCAGCAGCGGAUGCUGGGGGUUGGAGAGUGGUAAUAAGGGGGCUGGAGGACAGAGCUGUGCGUGCCACUCUCCUGCAAGCUUCCCUGCUGCCCGAAGAUGUGGCAGAUAUUGUUCUGUUGCCAGCCCGGCUAUCUUCUGUCUGUGAAAUUGGGAGAUGGCUCCUUUGCCUCAGGCAACAAAAUGCCUUGGACCAACCCUGCACAUUAUCUUAAUCAUGUGAUCAUCAUUUCAUCACAUGGUAAAACUGGAUGUUUGGAUGCUAUCCCUCAUGGUCAUAGAAAUCGUUGAGUUGGAAGGGACCCUGAGGAUCAGGAAUAUGCAGCUGUCCUUUACGGGGAUCGAAAUGUCAGCUUUGGCAUAUCAUAAUCAUAAUUUAUUUGUACCCUGCCCACCUGGCUGGGUUUCCCCAGCCACUCUGGGCUGCCAACAGAGAUUAAAAAGACAUUAAAACAUUAGUAAUUAAAAACUUCCCUAAACAGGGCUGUCUUCAAAUGUCUUCUAAACUUCAGGUAGUUGUUUUUCUCUUUGACAUCUGGUGGGAGGGUGUUCCACAGGGCAGGUGCUGCUACCGAGAAGGCCCUCUGCCUGGUUCCCUGUAACUUGGCUUCUCACAGUGAGGGAACCACCAGAAGGCCCUUGGCGCUGGAUCUCAGUGUCUGGGCAGAAUGAUGGGGGUGGAGACGCUCCAUACUCUAACCAACUGAGGUAUUAUUAGGCAGUGAUUUAAGAAUGGGUUAUGGAGGUGAGAAACACUUUCAGAUAUUAGUUGCCCCUGAAACGGAAUGCAUGGGAUCUCUCAGAGAAUUGCUUUCCUACCCCCAUCCCCCUUUUUUUUAAUCGGAUGAAGCAAAGGUAAAUUUAUAUAUUGGCUGAAUUUUGUUGACAUGGUUAUGUGAGCAUUCUUAUCCUGUGUCUGGAUCAUAAUACAGCACUUCCUAGCUCAACUUGUUUCUCAGCAUGUUUUUCAGGAUGUUUUGAAUAAUGACCGCUCCCCGCUUAAAAUGGGGGGCGCCCUGUGUGUGGACACACGCAGCCCCUAGAUCUGGAGCGGCUCCAUCAGCAUAGGCUUGGCUUUGCCUUCCCUCAGGUGGGAUACCUGGAGGUCUCUGCCUACCUCAGUCAGUUGUCCAAUCCCACCUGGGGGAAGCGUUGCCAAGGAGACCAGGCCAGGUAGGGGAGGGAUUACCUGCCCACACAAUAGAGGGAGGAUCUUACCUGGGAAUCCUCACUUGGCUCCAGAGCUUCUGGCCCCCCACCCCCCCCCACCCUCAGUUAAUGUCUUAUUUGCAGGUUAACUUUUCUUCACAGGUUUUGCAGGUUAAUUUUACUUCACAGGUAUGCGGGCGCUGCUACGUUAAGGUCGCUGUUAAAGGGCCGGAAAGGAAUUUCCCUGCAUCCCGUAGCAAAACGUCACAACUUUGGCGGUAUCAGGCCUUGGGCAGAAUCCUUUAGUCCAUCUUCCUCUUUGCGGCGGCGAUACAAGGGUUCCCCGUUAAAGGGGUUUCUGAAGGGAGGCUUUGACCGUACACCGAAAGGUCGUCAUUGUUCUCCCCUGUGGUGGCAGCGUAACGGGGGCGGCUAUCUCUGCUUGAACAUAUGUUCUCCAGAGCCGGCCCAUCCCCCCCCCCACACACUGGAUAACCCUGAUGCUCCCUAGGUCCCCGGCUGGGGACUGGGGAGGGAGAACGCCCAUGCCUGAGCCAAGGUCUACCCACAUUUGAAAUUUAAUAAAGUUGUGGCCAAUUUAAUCCCAUAGCACGUUGUCAUGAGUCGUUAUUCCACAUGACGGGGGGACCGCGCGGGAUCUGGGGACUCCGCCUGUCCACGCAAUUAGCAGGAUAUGUGGUGAGAGCAUUCACAAGUCUGUUUUGAUAAUGCAGGGAGUGGGGAAUCCAUUCAUGUUGGCUUUACAGAAGAGAAUGCUGAGGUAAAAAAUGUUGUGUACACCAUUACUACAGGUGUAGUGUGGAGUGGAGAGUAAGUCCACUCUGAGAGAAAUCCUCAAAGGCAUGAAUAAUACCCAGCCUCUCCCUGCCUUUGUUGAUAUGUCGUUCAGGUCUGUAGCAAAGUCUUGCAGUCUUGGUACUUUGAGUGAAGAGAAAAACAUUGCGGGUCUCCCAUCCUGGGUAUGGAGAAAUAUAGUGACAAUUACAGUGUUAGUUCUGGGAGCUAAAAGCUACAGUGACCAGACAACCUAGAAAGUUAAGGAGGCAUAGUCAGCAGCAGAAGAGACUGCCAGAAGCUCUCAUAGAAAGAAAAGUGCCUUACUAAUGAACACCCACGCCUGACUCAUGGGGGUAGUCUAUUGAGGAAAUGGGAAAGCCCAGUCACAACUGCUUCCUAGUUGUAUGCUAGACACUGGGAGUUGUCAACAGGGGAUAGAUAGAUAGAGACAUAGAUAGAUAAAAUUUUAUUUGUACCCCGCCCUCCCUGGCCGGAGCCGGGCUCAGGGCGGCUAACAUCAUAAAACUAACACAGUAUACAAAAAAUAAAAAAAUUCCUUCCAGUAGCACCUUAGAGACCAACUAAGUUUGUUAUUGGUAUGAGCUUUUGUGUGCAUGCACACUACUUCGACUACGGCAGACCAACACGGCUACCUACCUGUAACAGUAUACAAAGAACAUAAGAACAUAAAACAGGAAAUCAAUUAAUUAAUAUACAUCUUAAAAUUAGUUCAGAGCAAAUUAAAAUCUGGACAGAUGGCAGUCCAUGGGUAAAAUUGAGAGUGGAUUGAGAGUAAUGUGCCAUCAGUAUGUCGAUGACACCCAUUCCAUCUGAAUAAAAGCAGGAGAAUCGGGUGCUUGCAAGGUGCUUGGAGAUGGUUAUGGGCUGGAUGUCGGCUAAUAAAUUUAAACUGAAUCUGAACAAGAUGUGCUGCAUCUUGAGCCUGAGAAGUAGGUAGAAGGGCACUUUUGUAUGGGGUUGCUCUCCCCAGGAAGGAACAGGUGUGUAGCUUUGAUCCAUCUAUGUUGCUUGAGGCAUUGACGGUUUCGGUUGCUUGGAGUGCCUAUUUCCAUCUUUAGCUGGUUAGCUAGCCUGUCCUGUAUAGGGCUAAGUUGGCCACAGUGACCCAAGCUCUGUUAACUGCAGAUUUAACUAUUGCAGUAUGCUCUGCAUGGGGCUGCACUUGGAGACAGCUUGGAAGAUGCAUCUACUUGCAGCUCUGAGGAAGGUUUCUGCCUAUCUGGGUGGGUAUGGAGCUGGACUCCUUGUGCAUGCCCACACAAGCUCAGGAGUGUGCCAGUUCCAUCCAGAGAUAAAUUCCGGAUGAAAAACCCAGUCUGGGCUUUCCAGUAAUAGGUGGUGAAAUUUUAACGAGGUUGUUCUGGCCACAAAAUAUUUGUUUUCAAAAGAAACACAUGCCUUUUUUUGUUGACAGACACAAAGCAGGUACCAACAUGACGCUUGCGUUUUGAUAUAUCUCUUCCAUCAGACAAUGUAGCUUCUGAGGAAAUUGAUUUCUUUUUUCCUAUUAGAGAUCUGCUGGCUGUAUGCAAUCAAGUUCUUUAGCUGGAAAGGAAUAUAAAAUAGUUUGUGAAUCUACCUUUGCCUGGGCCUUCACAGAGAAUCAGAAUUGCAAUGGAUCAUCUGAUCCUAUCCCCUGCCUUUAGACAGGAACUUUUUGGGAAUGUAUCAAAAUAUCCCAUAUAAGUCAAUAAAUGUACUAAGUAAUGAAAAUAAUUAUUUUGAAAAUCUCAACAGAAGAUCUUCUGAGGAAGAUUACAUAUGCUUUAGUUACAAAGUUUUAAAGCACUUUGUUAGCUUGCUUUUGACUUCUUUUCACCCAUGUUGCUAGUUCCUAUAUAUGUAUAUAUAUAUAUCUAAACCUGACAAAUGUGGACCAUGUGAUACUUUUGCUCCACAGUUUGAUGCCUCCUCUAGCUCUUAUAAUCUUCUAUUCCACUACCUGACACCAGUGAUUUAUUUCCUAAAGGUGUGAAUCCUGCUUUCCUUUAUCAGUUUGACCUUUGCUACUGACAUUAUGAGCAAGCAUCAUAUCCAUUAUCUUAAAGUGUUUCUGUAUGAUUAAAAACACUUUCUGUAAAGGGAAUGUGAAAGCUAAGUGUAAUCUUUGGGCAGAAUCUCACCCUAAGAACACAGGAAGGUGAGCACAUUCCCGCAGUAGUAUGAACAUCUGUCAAUCAAGCCAGUGUUUUCCUGUGCACCUACCACAGCUGCAUCAUUUCAGCAGAAUGAAAAUGGAACUGCUCAGGCGAUACUGUGCUCAUUGGCAUCUGUUUGAGUGACAGAUACAGUAUUUACGAGACAGGAGAGUGAUGUGUGCUUUUAUUUAUUUAUAGAACAGCCUCUCCUAAAGGGUUGAGUAUGUUUUAAAACUGUACUUUUUGGAAAGUAUAAAGAAAUUAGCUGUAGUUUUGUUUACUCCUGUGCUGUGGCAGGAGAGCCAGCGGCUGCCAAAUUUCUAGUUUCAUGCAUGCAACGCGUACUCUUCAAUUACCUUCAUUCAUUUGUGGCUUUGAUACGGCCCGUUUUAAGCCUGAUCUCUUAGCAAACAGGAACCCAGAAGAAAAGCUGUCAAGAAGGAACAGAGUAACUGACGAUGAGCUGACACAUUCACACGAAGUGAUGCCCUUCAUGUGACAGGUGAUAGCCCAAAGCCUAAGAAGCUGAUCAUCUACCAGCUUUGCUCCUGUUGAGGAGGCAAUCACAGAUUCCAAUGGAACUUGAUAUAGAUUACUGAUUAUUAUUGCUGAUCAGGAUUGGGAGCUUUCUUGCUAAAUCAGAAGCACAUGGCUGGAAGCAGAGCUCAGGAGUGAUCAACUGACUCUUACGGAAUGCAGCUGCACAUUUCAGAAGUGUACUUACAUCAAGAGAACAACGCAGAUAUUGCAUUCUGCAAGUCAAGGUCUGUCACCCCUGCUUUCCUACAACUUUAUGCCUUCCAGAGCUCCAAUUAUCCCAAGCUGCAUGGUCAAUGGUCAGGGAUCAUUAGAUUUUUGAACUUAGCAACUUCUGGAGAGCAACAUCUGUUUUUGACCAAUAGUCAGAUAUGAAAUUUUGUGGCCCAGAGAGAUGGCUAAUAGCUGAUCUGAUGCUGCAGUACCUCAAACAAACAUAAAAUUUAUGCAUACUAAUUUUAUUCAUGUAUACUCAAAAAUGAGGUUGUCUAUGUUCAGUUGGGCUUAUUCUGUAGUGUGCAUAGGAUUACAUCAUUUUCAAUUGAUAAUUGCAGUUAUCACAUUAAUAGCAUAAUGCAGGAAUGGGGAACUUCUGGCCCUCCAGAUGUUGGUGGACUGCAAUUCUCAUCAUCCCUAAGCUGGUUCUGCUGGCUGGGGCUGAUGGGAGUUGGGGUCCAAUGAUAUCUGGAGGGCCACAGUUUCUUCACACCUGGCAUAAUAGCAUGAACUUGCCUAAAGGACUGUUUUAUGCAAGAUAGCCUAACACACAAAGUAAUUGAUCAUAAAGGGUGUUGGCUGUAAUGGUUAUUUUGACCUUGGGAGUCUGUGGGGACCUCCUUGAUAGUACAGGAGUAUUCUCAGUGCAGUUUUUUGUUUGAUGAUAUUAUUAUUAUUAUUAUUAUUAUUAUUAUUAUUAUUUUGCUGCUUUAUGCAAAAAUUUGCUUCUAAACAAAGCAUAAAAACCAAUUUUAUAAGCACCCAUAGUUAAAACACACAGUAAAACAGAGAAAGUAAAAUGGGAGUCUCAGGUCGAGAGAUCAGGAGAAGGCCGCUCCCCUUCCCUGGGGGGUGGGGUUGCAGGCAGGCCAUGUGCUCUCCCCAUGUACAGCAGGGGGUGUGGUGAUGCCGCCCGCGUCACAAGAAGUCCCAGCCGCGUCCCAGCCCCCGGCUGACCAAUCCGGCUGGCCGGGGUGUGUGGCUUGCGCCAUUGAAAUGGCCAUGUGGCUGGGGGUCUCUACCUUCUUGCCUCUUCCUUCCUCGGUGUUCAUCUUUCCGAUUGGGGAAACAAUGUCUGGUUGGCCGAUAUAAUUGAGGGCAUUAGGUGUUGGUUGCAGGUGUGAGGGUGUUGCUGGCGAGCUGUUUGGCUCGAGUGGUGGUUAGGCAUUGGUAAAACCUGGUUUAUAGGAGGAGAGGUGGUGGCCUUCACCUGCCCCUCCUCUUUAAAGGUAUUCCAUUAAAGGGAUCUGGGUGUGUACAUCUUGUCCAAAGCCACAACCCCAUCGGGGACCCUGGGGGGAGCUCGCAGUUGAUGUACAUCAACAGGGCUCCCUCUACUGGUGGUUGACCCUUACCAGACUACCUGCAUGGUGGGCAGGAGUCAGAUAUAGUCAGUUCAAUUCUAAUGCCUAAGCCAAUACCGCUCACAUCUGUAACCAAUAAAGUUGUCUCAUUAACCCAUUAUUUAUCCCAUUAACCCAAAUUUUGGUGUCUGUAUGUUUUAUUGUCCAAGAAAUGGGGGAGGACUCAGGGCCUUGACCUGCAAUGGCUGUGCAUUUUCAAAAGCUGGUUGAAUGCCAGUACGGUCAGGCCUCUUGGAUUUCAGCUACCAAUGGUGCUACCAAUGGAAAAGCCUGCCUCUGGGUCACAAAAAGCCUAUACAGUGGUACCUCGGGUUAAUAACUUAAUUCGUUCUGGAGGUCUGUUCUUAACCUGAAAUUGUUCUUAACCUGAAGCACCACUUUAGCUAAUGGGGCCACCUCCUGCUGCCGCCGGAGCACGAUUUCUGUUCUCAUCCUGAAGCAAAGUUCUUAACCCGAGGUACUAUUUCUGGGUUAGCGUAGUCUGUAACCUGAAGCGUAUGCAACCCGAGGUACCACUGUACUCAUCAGGCUGUAGCAAGACUUAACUGGGUGCCAAAUGUUGAUCUUAAGGCACAACUCUAGCAUAAAGAAGAGUUAGGAACAUUCUGUGUAACACUUACAUGUACUUUGAUAUUGUAUCCAAGUACGGUACUUACAAAUAGUUGUGUAAAAGACAUUGAAGUGGAAACAAAAGUGCAAGCCCUAUGUAUCCCAUAUGGAAAACUCUCGUAUAAGAAAAUAACUUGGCUCCCUUCUGCUUGUUGGGGCAGCAGAAGUGCUUUUGUACCAAUUUAUAACCUUCCUGCAGAGAUAUUAGCUUGUGAGGAAAGAAGGGAAGGAAAGGGCAGAGUGGAGCAUGGUUUGUUGCAUGGCAUCUCGUAGGCCACAGGAGCAACUCCCUAAUGGGUAAUGUUGGAAAAUAUUUGCAUUGGGAGAUUAGUGUGACAGAAGGACUUUUUCUUUUAAGGCAGGUAGUGCAGAACUACACAAUUCUGCCUAACUUGCCCAGACAGAACACUGUAUAAGCCUGCAGCUGUAGAAUUCUGUGAUCAUUUUAUCAUUGGGGGCUUUUAAGGAAACAUUAAUUUACUAUUUACCUAAGCCUGUUUUUCUGUGGUCGUGUGUGUGCAUACACAAAGUACAGAGAUGUUCUAAUGACCACAAACAACUGAAACUCUUGUUUGAUUUCUCAGUAAAGCUUAGUUAAUAAAACAUGCUGAGCACCGGGUUCAGUAGAAAUGAUUUCACCUGCUCAAUCCCAGCGUCUCAUGUUUCAGCAUUUAUUAUGGUCUUUCUGAGCUUCACCAUCUAUGGAUUUGCACACAUUUUUCUGGCUCCCCUGGGCAUUGGCUAGAUUGAUGGCUUGGCAUCAGCAUCUAUUAACUGAUACUGCCUAUUGUUGUUAGCUUUACAUGGUUAUGAUGUGCAAAACCCAUCUAAAUCAAUUGGACUGAGCAUGCAUCUACUCAGUUUUUAUGCUGUGAUGCUUUGCCCUCUUCUGUGUUCAUAAUUCCUUCUGAAAUCAGUUAAAUGUAUUUGGUUGCAGCUGAGUGGAGGAUUAUGUAGCCUGAUUGAAUUUGAAAAGAAUGUAUGCAAGUCACUUUUCUGUCCUUAAUACCACCGGCUUGUAGCACCUUUGACUGCGCUGUGGGAUACAACUUUCAUGAUGCAAGCUUUGAGCCUUACUAGAUUAUGCAUAUUCCUUUUUCUUUGAUCUUUAGGAAAUACUUCCUUAUUGUAUUUGAAUUCACUUCUACUAUUUGACAACUACCUAUUAUUAAUUAAAUUUAUAUACUGUGCUUCAUCUGAAGAUCACAGGGUGGUUUACAUCAUACCCAGGGACAUAUUACUAGACCCAGAUUGUAUGCACUGGACAGUCAUCACAUUGCCCCAGGUAUACAGCAAACCCACCCCCCUAAAAAAAAGAAAGCAGAGAAAGCUAUAUUGGUUCAUUAGGAAAACAUCAAAAUCCAACAACUGAGAAAUGCCUUUAUUAGACAAAGUGUGGGGUAAGGCUGUAGCUCAGUGCUACAGCAUCCCAAGUUCAACCCCAGACAUUGCCAGGUAGGGCUGGGAGAGACUCUGCCUAAAACCCUGGAGAGCUGCUGCCAGUCAGUUUAAGCAAUACUGAGGAAGCUGAACCCUUACUCAGUGUCUUAUGUUUCUUUCCUAUGUUCCAGUCACAAAAUGGCAAGCAAGCUUUCAAGUUCUCCCAAACUGAUGUGUGGUGUAGUGGUUAAGAGCAGUAGACUCGUAUCUGGUGAACCGGGUUCGCUUCCCCGCACCUCCACAUGCAGCUGCUGGGUGACCUUAGGCUAGUCACACUUCUCUGAAGUCUCUCAGCCUCACUCACCUCACAGAGUGUUUGUUGUGGGGGAGGAAGGGAAAGGAGAUUGUUAGCCGCUUUGAGACUCCUUUGGGUAGUGAUAAAGCGGGAUAUCAAAUCCAAACUCCUCCUCCUCCUCCUCCUCUUCCAGUUCUUCUUCUUCUUCUUCUUCUUCUUCUUCUUCUUCUUCUUCUAGUAUAGUAUCUGUAUCUAGCAUUGCAGUCAAUGCACAGGAACAUCAUUGUAGAUCAGCAUUCAGGUAGGGCUGUAGCUAAUCCCAAGGUCAACCCCUGGGACCUCCACAUAGGGCUGGGAGAAAACCCUUUCUGAAAGCCUGGAGAGCCACUGCCAAUUAGUUUGGACGUUGCUGAGUUAGAUAGACCCUAUGGUUUCACUUGGUAUAAGGCAAGUGAAUCGUCCUAUAUUUCCUGCCUUUCUUACAUGGAAGAGUAAUAAUGACAUAACGAGGCAAGCAUGGGUUCUAGCAAUUAUGUCCUUAUUACUCUGCCAUGGAAGAAAGGCAGGAGACAUUGGACAAUGGUUUUCUCCCAGCUUAGUUGUUCUGCUUUAGGAGACAUUAAGCCUUGCUCAAGAAGCAGCACAACAGGAGGGCAGCACCUUUUGAACUGCCACUAAAAUUAAAAGCUGCCUCAACAUGUACCACAAAUCAAACAUCAAGAAGGUAUGUUUGGGCUGCAGAGUAGAAAUCCAACAGCUUAUGGUGAGAUUUAUGCCCAAAAUUGAAAUGUACAUAUAGCUUGCUGUUUUGAGGCAAACUUGCAAAAUGUAUUAUUCUAAAUAUAUCUACUAUUCCUGUCACCUUCCUAAACUUUCCAUGUAGGACCCUUAGUGUUAAUUGCAAAUUAGAUGGGUCUCUGCUCCUGACACACUCAAUGGUGAGUACUGUAAGGAAAGUUUGAAGCUGGGGCAUAAUGAAUCAUAGAAUCAUAGAAUCAUAGAGUUGGAAGAGACCACAAGGGCCAUCGAGUCCAACCCCCUGCCAAGCAGGAAACACCAUCAGAGCACUCCUGACAUAUGGUUGUCAAGCCUCUGCUUAAAGACCUCCAAAGAAGGAGACUCCACCACACUCCUUGGCAGCAAAUUCCACUGUCGAACAGCUCUUACUGUCAGGAAGUUCUUCCUAAUGUUUAGGUGGAAUCUUCUUUCUUGUAGUUUGGAUCCAUUGCUCCGUGUCCGCUUCUCUGGAGCAGCAGAAAACAACCUUUCUCCCUCCUCUAUGUGACAUCCUUUUAUAUAUUUGAACAUGGCUAUCAUAUCACCCCUUAACCUCCUCUUCUCCAGGCUAAACAUGCCCAGCUCUCUUAGCCGUUCCUCAUAAGGCAUCGUUUCCAGGCCUUUGACCAUUUUGGUUGCCCUCCUCUGGACACGUUCCAGUUUGUCAAUGUCCUUCUUGAAGUGUGGUGCCCAGAACUGGACACAGUACUCCAGGUGAGGUCUGACCAGAGCAGAAUACAGUGGCACUAUUACUUCCCUUGAUCUAGAUGCUAUACUCCUAUUGAUGCAGCCCAGAAUUGCAUUGGCUUUUUAGCUGCCGCGUCACACUGUUGGCUCAUGUGAAGUUUGUGGUCAACCAAGACUCCUAGAUCCUUUUCACAUGUACUGCUCUCAAGCCAGGUGUCCCCCAUCUUGUAUUUGUGCCUCUCAUUUUUUUGCCCAAGUGCAAUACUUUACAUUUCUCCCUGUUAAAAUUCAUCUUGUUUGUUUUGGCCCAGUUCUCUAAUCUGUCAAGGUCGUUUUGAAGUGUGAUCCUGUCCUCUGGGGUGUUAGCCACCCCUCCCAAUUUGGUGUCAUCUGCAAAUUUGAUCAGGAUGCCCUUGAGUCCAUCACCCAAGUCGUUGAUAAAGAUGUUGAAUAAGACCGGGCCCAAGACAGAACCCUGUGGCACCCCACUAGUCACUCUUCUCCAGGAUGAAGAGGAACCAUUGAUGAGCACCCUUUGGGUUCGGUCAGUCAGCCAGUUACAAAUCCACUGAGUGGUAGCAUAGUCAAGACCACAUUUUACCAGCUUCUUUACAAAGAAUAUCAUGAGGCACCUUGUCAAAUGCCUUGCUGAAAUCAAGGUAGGCUACAUCCACUGCGUUCCCUUCAUCCACCAGGCUUGUAAUUCUGUCAAAAAACGAGAUCAGGUUAGUCUGACAUGACUUAUUUUCAGAAAUCCAUGCUGACUAUUGGUGAUCACAGCAUUCCUUUCUAGGUGCUCACAGACUGUUUGCUUAAUGAUCUGCUCCAGAAUCUUCCCUGGUAUUGAUGUCAGACUGACUGGGCGGUAAUUAUUUGGGUCCUCUCUUUUCCCCUUUUUGAAAAUAGGGACAACAUUUGCCCUCCUCCAGUCUGCCGGGACUUCGCCUGUUCUCCAGGAAUUCUCAAAGAUGACUGCCAGUGGUUCUGAGAUCACAUCUGCCAGUUCUUUUAAUACUCUUGGAUGCAGUUCAUCUGGCCCUGGAGACUUGAAUACAUCUAAACUAGCCAAGUAUUCUUGUACUAUCUCCUUAGUUAUUCUGGGCUGUGUUUCCUUUGCUGAAUCAUUUGCUCCAAAUUCUUCAGGUCGGGCAUUGUUUUCUUUAUCGGAGAAGACUGAGGCAAAGAAGGCAUUGAGGAGUUCAGCUCUUUCUGUGUCCCCUGUUUGCAUUUCACCAUCUUCUCCUCUGAGUGACCCCACUGUUUCUUUGUUCUUCCUUUUGCUACGGACAUACCCAUAAAAGCCUUUUUUGUUGCUUUUAACCUCUCUAGCAAGCCUGAGUUCAUUCUGUGCUUUAGCUUUUCUGACUUUGUGUCUACACGUGCUGGCUAUUUGUUUGAAUUCCUCUUUGGUGGUUUCCCCCCUUUUCCAUUUUUUGUACACAUCCUUUUUAAUCUUAACUCAGUUAAAAGUUCUUUAGAUAGCCACCCUGGCUUCUUUAGGCACCUUCCAUGUUUCCGUCUCAUUGGUAUUGCCUGACGUUGUGCUUUACUAUCUCCCUCUUAACAAACUCCCAGCCAUCAUGAACUCCCUUUCCUUUUAGUAUUACUGUCCAUGGGAUCUCACCCAGCACUUCCCUAAGUUUUAUGAAGUCAGCUUUCUUAAAGUCAAGAAAUUGAGUCCUAGUAUGCUUGGCUGCUCCUUUCCGCUGUAUAGUAAACUUCAGAAGAGCAUGAUCACUUGCGCCUAAUGAUCCUUCCACUUCUACCCCACUAACCAGGUCAUCAACAUUGGUUAGGACCAGAUCUAAAAUGGCUGUUCCUCUUGUUGCUUCUCCCACUUUCUGGACAAUGAAGUUGUCUGCAAGGCCAGUGAGGAAUCUGUUUGACCUUAUGCUCUUGGCUGAGUUUGACAUCCAACAAAUAUCUGGGUAAUUGAAGUCCCCCAUUACUACUAUCUCCCUUCCUUUUGCAUGCUUGGCCAUCUGUUCCAGGAAGGCAUCAUCUAUGUCCUCCGUUUGGCUUGGGGAUCUAUAGUAAACUCCCACAAUGAGGUCACUGUUAAAGAUGGCAGGGAUAGCUUCAGGGUAAAGGGAAGUGGUUCUUCAGCUUUCCACAUCCAUUGAUAAGUACCAAAAAGAAUGUUUUAAUAAAUGAAAAUUGCUACUUUGCCGGCAGGUUAAACAGAAACCUUUUUGGUUGAUUAGGGAAGUGAGUGGAGAGAAAGCGGGAUUUCUCUCUCUCUCCUUUGGAAGAAAAUAUCAUGCUGUCAGCUGUAAUAAUGAAAUGAAUGUGCUAAAAAUCAAUGUCUUGGGAAAUGUUUUGGCUUCAGUUUUGUUAGCUUGUAAAAUACUAUGGAAUAAGGUAAAACCAAUAAGUGAACAUAACAAAGUGAUCACACAUACACACACCCAAUAUUCAAUCAGUCCCCAGUUUAAGACCACUAUUAGUCUAGUCCGAUAGAAAUAGUGGCAUUUUUGGUAUGUCAUUUGUGAGAGUGGUGCUAUUUACAUAUGGUUAUAUGAAUCAGUUUUAAAGUUUCAGCCCUGAGACAUUAUUUCAGUAACUUUAUUUCUGGGAGAGCCCAACAUCCUUUUAAUGCAGCAGCAACUUUAUCACAUAUUUCAACACUGAGGAGUUUGUGAGAGACACGUUAGAUGCUCUACUCUUCUAUCAGAACUUUAAUACCUAGAGGGGUCACCAGGACAGAGUCAGGAGCAGCUGUGGCAAAAGUGAUUUAGGUUAGAAAUGCAAACACACCCUAAUUUGUAGAAGAGGAACUGGAUCUGGUUGGUGGGCCAGUUCCUUAAUUCCCCCAUCCCUUACAGACAGGCUUUAAGCUGUUAAGGAGGAGUUAAAAUGGAAGAGGUAUGAGGCUGUUGGGUGGAUAGGAAAGAGAGAGAAUGAAGACUGCUUGUCAGGGAUUCCAAGAGGGAAGAAAUGAGGAGGUGAGUUGCUUCCUUGUCAUUUGCUGUGCUCCUUCCAUGGCCCUGUAUUUUAUCAUCUCCUUUUCUGACAUUGCAUUCUGUCUCCAUCCCUAUGGCUGGGACUGGGAGCUUGGAUGAGACUUCUAGAAGCAAAACAGGCAGCCAUUGUUGUAAUUACUCUUCCUACCCCAUAUAUGAUAACAAGUGAAGAAGUUCAGGGCUAUAAUCCUCUUCUUCAUCUGGUGACCCAACUCUGCCUGCAGUACCAUGUGAUGUUUUUAAAUUUUAAUAGUAAGCUUUUGGUGUGCAUCUGUUUUGAAUGUGGACCACAACACAUGUGAAGGGAAUGUAACCCUCCCCACUAUGCUGUCCUGCUGCAACAGAAGUUCCUGUUGGUAAUGGGCCCCUUUUCUGCUACCAAUUGCAGCACAGGAGGGCAUUUCUUUCUGGAAAAAUGUAUGUGUGGUACAUUUCGUGUCACAUGUAGUUAAGUGCUUAGAAUGGGCAGACAGAUACAGCUCUGGUCAUCCAUCAUAAGGCAGGCAGAAGAUAACUGUCUUGUUAUUAGUGGAAGUCAUUCUGGGGCCCAUGAAUCAAAAGAAGAAGAAGAAGAGGAGGAGUUUGGAUUUGAUAUCCCGCUUUAUCACUACCCAAAGGAGUCUCAAAGCGGCUAACAAUCUCCUUUCCCUUCCUCCCCCACAACAAACACUCUGUGAGGUGAGUGGGGCUGAGAGACUUCAGAGAAGUGUGACUAGCCCAAGGUCACCCAGCAGCUGCAUGUGGAGGAGCAGAGAAGCGAACCCGGUUCACCAGAUUACAAGUCCACCGCUCUUAACCACUACACCACACUGGUGGUGACAAACCUUGCUUCAAAAGGAAACAUCACUUGCUGUCUGGAGGGAGGAGACUCCAAGCUGGGGAUCAAGCUGAGGUCCCACAAAAAUUCCCAAGAGUAAGGGUUCCUCCUUGCCUUCUGGCAAUGGAACUGCUGCCACAAACACCUGGUCAGAGGGUUUAUAUCUAAACAGAACCCUUAUGCUAUCCAGGAGGAAUAUCACCCAUAAUGUGGUCAUGCAGGCUUCUGUAGCAGGGUAGCACUGGACUUUAAAGUAUUGAUGUGCAUGCUAUCCUGGUGCAGCUAUACUCAAAGGUCAGGCACACUGAGUUCAGCAGAGCUUACUUCAAAGUAAGGAUGCAAGACAUUGCAGUCUUUCAGAAAGCACUGAUUUUUGCCAUAUCAAACCCAACUAAAUGUUUUGGAGUUGGACAUGUAAAACAAUUGCUUCUGAAUUGCUGGUUCUGCAACUGCUACUAGGAUUUUAUUUCUUUAUCAAUAUUAUUAUUAAACUUAUUUAUUAAUUAAGAUUAAUUGAUGAUUAUUAUUCAUUAUCAUUCUGUGUAGAAAGCCCAGCCCGGCAGUCUAAGAAACAUGAUUUCUUUGCCCUGCCCAACAUUAAUAGAAAUAAAUAAUCAAAUAAAUAAAUAAAUAAAUGACAGUGCAUAGAUGACUGCUGUGCAUUGGAAAAGCACUGAACACUUUUGAGGAUUCAAUAGUGUCUUCUCUGUACAAACAUUGUUAACAGAAAGAAAACAUUUUAAAAGGAAUUGAUUUUGUGUGCAUAAAAAAUCCUGUCUUUUGCUAUACUUGAUGCUCAUUACAUUUCAUUGCUACCUUAUCAGUAUGCGCUAUCAGCCAGGUUUCUAAACCAAAAAUAAGUAAGUUUUGAAAAGAAGAAAUGCCACAUAGCUGCUGCUUUGAAAGUUCCAUUGGGCUAGAGGUAGACCAACAGUGAGAUUCUGAACAGGGAUAAUGUCAUAGAGAUGCCUUAACUUUUCAAGAAGAAUUCCAUGUUACAUAAUGAAUAAUAUCAGAUGUUUGCAAGCUGAACCUGUCACCUGCAAGACAUUUACUGUGAUCCAGAGAGGUUGAAGUGUGCGCAGAGAUGUGCUUUGAUGGCGCGGGAGGAUGCAGGAGUUGCAAAGAUCAUCCUUUGGGAACUGAUUUGUAAGCACAAGAAAGGUGCUCUGCAAGGAAAUAAAUCAGGCUCAGCAGGUUGUGUCACCCCCAAAUAGAUGUUUGCUGCCACUGACAACACCAGUAAUAAUUUGGCAGAUGCAAGGACUAUUCUGGUCACCCCACUCCCUAAACUCAAGAAGUGGUCAAAGUGGCUAACUGCCUUUUUGUUUCUUAAGAUAUGUGUCAACAAGUGCUCUGCAAAUUGAGUUAUUUGUGUGUCUGUGCAGUUCAUGAAGAAGAGCUAUUUCAUCUUAGGUUGAUUUUAACAUUAUUGUACGUUUCGCUUAAAUAAAACACUUGAAGACAAUUUUAGAUCCUUUGCUGUAUAUGCUGUUCUUCCUAAAUUAGCAUUCUUGCUUAGUUUCAAAUUGCCAGGCAUUAUUAAGGCUGUAGCCUUAUAUGCACUGGCAGCCGGGAAUUUUGUAAAAAGAAGAAAGCACCCAACUAAACUAUCGAAAGCUUUUAUGGUUUGAAUGUUUUAUUUAUUUUUGAAUGUUUCCCUCUCCGUGUCUCAGUCUCUCUGCCUCCCGGUUGUAUCAGGAUGAAUUUGCUGUUUUUGUACUCACAAUAUUUGUUAUUGGUAUUUCCAAAGGUAAUUAACAAACUGAACUGAGUUGAACUGUAGCUGUUCAAUCAUGCAAUGCCAUCUGUUCAGCAGGGCAGAUUCUUGCUUCAGCAAUGUGUGCCCAGACCCCUGCCACAUAUAGGAGAUUUUUGAGUCUGGUUUUUGUUGUAACAUUUUCUGCAUAUCAGUGUUUGGCAGUUAACAGACAACAAUGGAGAUAGAAAUGGAAAGAGACCAGGAGCCCCAAAAGAAACAAAAUACUUUUACACACACACAAACGAAAUGCAGCUGAACACGGUAUGUGACUCUGUGUGCCUUGAUUCAACUCAUUUUUAAAAUAAAUAUAAUGAUUUAUUUUAGUGCAUUGUAUCUAAACCUUUUCCCCAACCUCACUAAUCAAAACAAAUGUAAUGGAAGGAGAAAGUUUUCAGCAAAAUAUAUAUUCAUCCUUCACCUAAUGCAUCCAAACUAUAACUGGUAUUGUAUGUAGAUAGUUUGGAUCAUACUUUUGCAUUGGGUAGAUGAAUGUCCAACAUUGCCAGUGUUCUGAAAAAUGGUUGUUGAUCACUGCCAAGAACUUGUUCACAUUAGACCAUAGAUACAUACCUCCAAUAGCUGUGCUAAUUCAUGAAUUUGAACUUAAUUUCCCUGGAUUCCUGCCUAAAGACAUUAUUAACCAAUUAUGUACAGCAUUGAAGUUGGGUAUAUAAUUGGAAGUCUCCCAAGCAACUUUCCAAAUGACGAUAGAUUGAUAACAUUUGGGAAGCUCUGAUUAUGUACUAGCUUAAUCAGCAAGUGCAACAAGCAAGGAAUCCCAGUUUUAAAAAUUAUAUUAUGACUUCUUGGUUUCCAUUUAUCUUCUAUGAUGGAAGAUCACAUUCUAAUCAGAUGCACUGUACGUGCGCAUGAAUGUAGAUAUUUAUUACGAGUAGUGUAAGCUGAGCAUUUAAUGUGCAUUAUAACCAACCAUUGUGCACAUUCAUAAGCCUCAGGGAGAAUGUGCACAUAAUCCAUCUAAAAAGAGGAAAUUGUGCACAUUUCCUGGUCAAUAUCCAACAGGCCUAGGUGAAUGUGCGUAUGUUGACUUAAUUUUGUACAUUCUCUGGUCAUUAUGCGUGAUCUCCAACAAGCCUUGGAGAACAAUUUCCCUGCUCCCUUGCCUUUUGCACUGAGCAGCAGGGUUAUGCAUGUAGUCCUGAUGCUCUGAUGUUCUUCUUCCAAGGUUUAGACUAUGCCCAUAGCUUAUGUUCUUGACCUGCCAACAUCCAGCCCUUGAGCCUCGAAAAGAUUGCAGCAAUGAGAGAAAGAGUGCGCAAGCCUUUUUCCCCACUGAGAACUGAAUGAUCUUGGAGGUAAUCCGUCAACAGUGGACAGGGCCAGAAAUGGCAGAGGGUGGGACCAGAUAUUUCCGCCACUCUUUUCUCUAAUCGUAAGAGCAGCAAGAGAAGCAAUUUCAAUCAGGAUUGUGGGACAGGGUGGGAAGGUUUAAAACCAUUCCUAUCCCCCUUGUGCUGCUCAGCUGCCUGGGAAAGGUUGAGAGUGGUGAAAAGGAGGCUGGACUGCAUAAAAAGCAUUAAUAUUUAUCUGGAGCCCCAGCUCAUCUUUCAGCUGCUCAGCUGAUUAGUGGGAGAAUGUGUAAUGGGCCAUGUAAGAUUAGGCAGAGAUCCAGGAGCAGCCUGGUGGGGGCAGAUUGCACGUUUCCUAAAGCUUGUUGGAGAUUGUGCAUAAUGACUGGGAAAGGUGCACCCCUCUUCAUGGACACAUUAUGUGUAUAUCCCCCAUGAAUCCUGGUGAAUGUGCAUAAUGAUUGGUUGUUAUGCCUGCUAACCACUCAACUUACAAUACCCCUAACACAGACAUUUAUUUAUUGACUGACUCUGAUUGGACUAUGUAAUUUGCACAUCCCAGUUCUCUUAACAGUUAGUUAGCUUGUCCUUAGGAUGUUUUACACUAAUUGUCCGACAAGGUUACCCCAUGACUGUAAUCAGCCACUUUCCCUUUUUCCUUAUUGAAUUAAUUGCUGUUCCUUUUUGCUGCCUAAAUUUUUAACUAUAUCUCUGUUUUUUUAUGUAAAAAGGAACCCUUAUUCUAUUUCCUUUCUUUUUCAUGGAGAAAUGUGUUUCUCUAGAAAUAAAGGUCCAAAUUCUUGAAAUACAGAAGACAUGAGGAUUUCUCAUUAAUACCUGCCACAUUUUUAAUUAUGGCAAUCCAUAUAUGCUCCUAAGAGUAUUGAGGUUAUGGCUGGGCAAGUUAGAAUGAUAAUAAUAAAGAUACAGCAACAUAACUCAUAGGAAUCCACUUGUGUAUUUGGAGAAUGUGGCUUGAAGCUUACAGCUGGCAAUGCACUGCUAGUUGAAAAAUUGUGACCGAGAAUAACUUGUUCACAAAUCGAAUGUAGAAUAAGGACUUACUGAUUUAAGACAGUUAUUUCAUUUCUGUAAUUGUUAUUAAAUAAUCAAUGUAUUCUGUUUCUCAAACACCUUCCUUAUUACAGGACUGCAGUGUGUGCAUAUCUGACUGUACCAGUAAUGGAAAAAGCAAUAUCACAUCCGUUGCAAGAAAAGGGAGAGAGAGAAGUCUUUCUCUCUUUGGAGCUUGGUGGCCCUUUGGAAAUGUACCUUUCCAAAGAGUUGCUGCAGCUUAGGUGUUUUGGGGAAUCAGGCAGAAUAGAGCUCACAUGAGAACCAAAUUUUGAUUGGUUCAGAAUGAGGCUAAUUGUUAAACUGGUUUUGAGGAAACACCUUGGAUUUUUUCCCUUGCUACUCUGAUGCGUGUCAGGAGUGGGGCUUGGCCUAAAUCUGGGUCUCUUGAGCUGGUAUUUUGACAUGUAAAAGUGAUCUCAAAAACUUAAUUAUAAAAGGGUUUUUUUGCAUUAUAAACAACAUAUGGGAUUAUCUCUCUCUUUGAACCCAUAACAAUUUCAUAUGAGUUCAGAAGCACCAAACUGAGUACACAAAGUGAAACUGUGGCCUCUAAAUGCAAACCAUACAGCCAUUAAGCAGACUGUGAGGGGACACAAUAGUGCACAUGAAAUGUUACCUUCUGACUUAAUCAGUUAGAUAUUGUGUUCCCUUAAUUGUCUGACUAUUUAUAUCAAUCCGUUCACUAAUUAACUCUUGUUGUUUGUCCAUUUAUGUUGGUUAGGACUUGAACCCUCCACCUACCUGGUUGUGGACACCAAAUAGUUGUACAGUGGUACCUUGGUUUGCAGCCAUUUUGGAUUACAGCCACGUCAAACCCGGAAGCGUGUGUCCCUUUUUUUGGAUUACAACCAGUUUUUUUUUUGGAGGCCCCAGUGGCGAAAGCGUGCCUUGGGUUAUAAUCUGUUUUGGUUUACAACCGGACCUCUGGAACGGAUUAUGGUUGUAAACCAAGGUAUCACUGUAUUUUUCUUUUAAGUUGCAUCCUGGAAUUAAUCUCGAAGACUCAAGGCAUGGCUGCAGAUUGUUCACUGCCUCUUUCAAAGUUCAGUCUAAUAGUCUGCAGCCUGGGUGUGCCUCCUGAGACGCAGUGUUUUCCUAGAUUAUAAGGAAGUGUUAAGAAAGUGACUAAUGAAGCUGUUAGAGGCCCUGCCAAACAGUGAAGAAUGUGAAACUAAGCGGGGGAAUAGCUUCAGUCUUUCCCCAUCAGUUUAGGAAUGGAAAAGUCUGUUAAGGUGGGCAUGAUAUGUUGUUCUUCAAAGGAAAACAGCAUAUUGUAUUGUGUUGGGAGCUGGAGUGAUGUUUUGGGGUAGGUGAAGUCCUUUGUAUUAGCCACUUGCAUAAAAAGUAAUGCAUGCAACCAUAACAUUUGAAAAUUCUGCAAAUAGGAAUCUGACUGCUUUUUAAAUCGUAGUUUAUGUAUUCCUUGCCAUCAUGAAAUCACAAAAUAUUCUUGAUUCUUCUUCCUUGAUGAAGUUUUCUGCGGCAUAGGUUUUUGAGAUGCUGUCUAAAUGAAUCUAUGUUUGACAUUUGUCAACCUUUUCCUCCAGGAAAGGCACCAGGCCCACCUGCAAACUUGCAAUGUAUAUGCAAUGUUAGCUCUGUCUUCACACUUCCAUUUGUAGAAGAUUUCCACCUUCCCCAUUCAUUGUAGGCAAUGAAGAAACUUACAGCAAAGCUGUUAUGUGGCCUGAACCUUAAAAACCUUUGCAGCAUCAGCAGCCAUUCUCUUCCCCCUUUCACACUUUUUCGAAGGUUAUAACAGUGUUGUCCAUGUUCCUAGACUAGGACUGCAUAACCAUUGACUUGCCUCCCAUCUCACAGGAAACUGCUUCUAAUAUAUUAUUUUUAAAGUACACAUUAGUAUUCAAUGAAGCUUUACUCAGAGCAGACAGAUUAGACACACACUAAUUUCAGUAGGUCUGUUCUGAAUAAAAUUUGGUUGAAUACUACCCAGGUUAUUCUGUGUCCUGUACCCCUGUUACCCCCAGAGGUAUAAUUACAGCAGAAAGAUAAGUAGUAAAUAAAUAAAUGGUCAUGGUAAGUAAGUUAAAUGCUGAGUGGUCUAGAGAAGGAAACAGAAACAAGCAUCCAUGCUUUGGGUGGACCUAAGAGCAACAAUUGUCAUGUGUAAAAGCCUUUAAAAAAUGUUCAAGAGUUAGUGUGGGCAAGCAAAAGCUACUGGCUGGGAUGCACAAUUGCAUGAAAAUUGGGUGACUCGUCCUAUAUGGAUGUAUUCUCCAAGGUUUUAGCCCAACAGUGAACUUGUCUUUUCUACAUUUCUGCUUGUAAUGCAGGGACUCAUUUCUCCUGGGCCAUGUUUACAUGUAUAGUUAAGGAUACAGCUGAAACAACAAAAGCAUUAUGUCCACAAGAAUGCAGGAAGAAGAAUGAUCAUAGCUAGUCAGAAGGAAGCGAUCAUAAUGCCUUUCUAAAAAUCUAUAGUACAACUGCACUUGGAAUAUAUACAGUUCUUCCCCUCAAAAAAUAUACCGUAGAGUUGGAAAAGGUGCUGAUAAGGAUAACCAAAAUGAUCGGGGUGUUGGUGCAAUUCCCCAUAAUAAGGAAUGGGUACAAACUUUUAAGGCUUAUUUGGUUUAGACAAAGGCGAAUAAGAGGGACAUUUGUUGGCACAUGUCUAUCUCAAGAGACAAUGGGGUGUGCCUCUGGGGGUGAAGUCAAACCACUGGAGAAUCAUAGCAACAGCAACUGCUGUUGCUGCAGAAACCAGUAACUCAUAAUUGCUGUCUUCCAUGUUGUUUUCGCUGCAUUAGCCACAUCAAAGUGACCUUUCUGGGGCUAAGGAGUAAACCCUACACCAGGGGUCAGUAACAUUUUUUAGCUGAGGGCCGGUCCACCAUCCCUCAGACCAUGUGGGGGGCCGGACUAUAUUUUGGAGAGGAAAAAAAAAGAACGAAUUCCUAUGUCCCACAAAUAACCCAGAGAUGCAUUUUUAAUAAAAGGACACAUUCUACUCAUGUAAAAACACGCUGCUUCCCAGACUGUCCACUGGCUGGAUUGAAAAGGCGAUUGGGCAGCAUUGGCCCAUGGGCCUUAGGUUGCCUACCCCUGCCCUACGCUAAUCUUGUCAUAUCAACAGCCCAGGACCUCCAUGCACCCUGCCGAGGUUCACGACCCAGGGCGGUCACUUCAGUGCUGCUAAUGCAGCGGUUUGACUUCAUCCCCAGAGGUGCUCUCCAUUGUCUCUCAAGAAGACAGAUGGAUGCCAGCGGUAUUGAAGGAACUGUGCCUCUGAAUAUCCGUUGCUGGAGAAAACAAGUGCUAUCAUGUCCUAAUUGUGGGCUUCCUGAAGGCAUCUGAUUGGUCCGUACGGAAAAUGGGGUGCUGGAGUAAUUGGGCUUUUGGCCCAAUAUUAUAAUCUCAUUGAUUAUAAUAGAAAAUACAUUGCAUGAAAAAGAAUUAAAAGUGAAUAUAAAUCUGUUAAGCAUAUAAUGAAGAACUCCCCCCCCCCCCCCAUAUAUCUCAGGUAUUGAAGGUUUUCCUAUUGGAAGUGUAGUUUGAAUGAUAAAAUGUGCUGCAGGUGAUUUUCACAGUCAUAAACAUUAAGUAUUUCCUAUAUGGUAAGUUGCCUGAUUAAUAGCCCUUGAGUUAAACAGGAAGCAUACAACAUUUUUCAAUUUCGGCUGGAACCAUUCACAAUUGCUUAUGUGGCUAUGUGCUCUGCUGAUUACGGUCCAUACGUUUUAAAGCCUUGCUCAUAAUACUUGUCAGUGUAUGUAUAUACUGGAACUUGGAUUGUGCAGCUUUCCCCCCUUUUGAGCCGUGGAACGCUUCUGUUUUGCCAGUUUGGAUGUGUGUGUAAUCUGCCACUUCUUAUCUGCAUCUCUGUUGGCUGCUGGUUAGUCAGCUAAUCACUUUGAUCUCUAGCUGAGGCCUUGAUCUUUUUCAGAAGGGAGUCCUGAGAUAUGAAUAGUACUCUAAUUGAUUCAGUACUUCCAUUUCCCCUUCUUAUUUAUAAUCUUUAGAGCUUUAAUUUGCCUUUGUAAAGUUUCUUUUUAAAAUUCUCCUUACAUUUUGACAUGCAAGCCACUGGGCCGGGGGCCAAGAAAUGGGCUGGAAUCCUUUCUCUUGGGGUGCAGUGAUUUUUCUCCCAGUCAUCUGAGAUUUCCUUAGGCAAGCAGAAGCUUCUGGGGAUGUGGACAAAGCACCUUUGCUCCCAUCAUAAAGUUCUUCAUCCAAUUGUGUAGUUUUAAAGAAUUUGGAUCACUUCCAAUUGCAGGGUUUAAGGGAUCCCCACCCCCCGUCAUGAAAUCUGUUUACUUUGUGGUGUUCCCUGCCACACCUUUGAUUGAAUGGAUUUUUUUGGGUAGUAGCUUAUGUGAAAAGUGUGGGUUUCUUUUGUUUUUGUUGUUUCCCUAUUUCAUGGUUAAUGGGUUUUGCUUUUUCAGGCCAAAUUGUGUGUCUUUUCCCUCAGACUUGCUUCUAGCCUCAAGAAACCAGCCCCCUCUAGUUCCAUUAAUAUUCUUGCUGUUCUCACUGAGGUAACCCUGUUUUGUUUUCACAAUCAGAGCGGAGAAUUUCUCAUGCACGUAUUUCCCCCAAGGGCUGAUUCUCUUAUUAUUGUGGGCCUGAUCGUGCUGUAGUGCUGAGCCUUUUCAGUAUUAACAUUUGAAGGUGUACGUCGUGCCUUGUGGCAAGUAUUUGGUAUUUUGCAGUAUUAGACCUUCUACCUAAGUAAUCAGGACCUACUACUGGGGCAGUUUUAUUGUGUGUGAGAGAGAGAGAAUGAGAGAGAUUAGGGUGGUGUGCAUGUGUAUAAAGGGAUACUUAAGCAACAUUUUGUUCUUCUUAUUUCUGUCAGUUAAAACUAUUAGUGACCUAAGUGUGUUGUGUUCUGUUUGGCUUUUUUUGGUCCAGUACAACUGUUGUAGUUCGGGGUAAAUAUUGAAGCAGUUUUUAAAAAUAAAAAUAAAACAAAAAUAAAACUGUAUAUGUGACUGAUAAUGAAUGCUUAAUAUAAUACAAACAAAAUCUCACAAAUUUUCAACAGAGCUCAGGCAGUAUGUCUGUCACUUUUUGCCCUGGUGCCAUGUGUUCAUCAUAUAUAUAAAUUACAUAUGAACAAUAUACAUGAAUUGAAAUAUGUAACAAAUUCAAAAAUGUCAUAGUCAUUGUUAAAAUAAAGUAGGCUAAAAGGCAAUGGAAGUUCACAGACAACAGAAAUAAAUUUAGUGAAUUAACUUAAAUUUUUUGCCUACACUCACAGCUGCUCUCCAAAAUAUUUCAGAUGGGGUCUCUCCGAUCCCUACCUAGAUAUGCUGGGGUAUGACUUGGGACCUUCUCAAGUGUACUUGCGGAAAAACAUGGUCCCUGACACAGCAAUUGACAGUGUCUAGACUCUGCCUGUCUUGGUAGAGCUGGGUGUCCUCCUUCUCUUGAUAAGCUGAAGAAUGUCAUCAGCUCUCAAGCAUGUGGUAAAGCCCCUGGACGGGAUGGAAUCUCAACAAAAGUGCUAAAAGCCAGCUUCAAUUCCUCCUUCACAACGCACCUCCAUGGCCUCCUCUUGUAGUGUUGGGAACAAGGAUCCAUACCACAAGACAUGCAUGACUCCAGCAUUGUCGCCUUCUACCAGAACAAAGGUAACUGCCAUGACUGCAACAGCUACUGUGGAAUCUCCCUGCUGAGUUCUGUGGGGAAAGCCUUUCCCCAUGUAGUUCUCAACAGAUUACAGUUGCUUGCUGACAGGGUCUAUCUUGAGUCACAGUGCGGUUUUAGAGUUGAAAUGAUUUUCUCAGUGCUUCAGCUGUAGGAGAAAUGCCAAGAGCAGAUACACUCCUUGUACAUUGCCUUCAUAGAUCUGAUGAAGACCUUUGAACUGGUCAGCCAAAAAGAACUCUUCACAUUCUUCAACAAGAUAGCAUGCCUACCUAAACUUCACAAGAUAAUCAUGUACUUCCACAAGAACAUGCGUGGCACCGUCCAAUAUGAUGGCUCAUCCUCAGACGCGUUCCAUAUAAAGAGCGGUGUGAAACAGGGCUGUGUUCUUGCCCCAACUCUCUUUGGCAUAUUCUUCUCCCUGUUAUUCUCCUAUGCUUUCAGCUUUCAUCCAAGGAGCGAUGGGGUAUGUCCACAUGCCAAGACAAAAGUUUGAUGGGUCCUUAUUGAAGAGAGGUUGUUUGCAGAUGAUGCAGCCUUGACAUCACACUCUGAGGAAUCUUUACAGAGACUCAUCUACCAUUUUGCCCAAGCCUGCAGGGAGUUCAGCCUUACCAUCAGCCUGAUGAAGUCCAAAAUCCUGGGUCAGGAUGUCACCAGCACUCCACACAUCAGCAUUGUAGACUACAUGCUUGAGGUGGUAGACAAUUUUGUCUACCUGGAUUCCACCAUAACCAGCAGCCUCUCCAUUGACACUGAGCUGGACAAGUGCCUGGAGACAGACAGUCAGGUUGUGUAUCCACAGCAGUGACCUCAGGAGGAAUGAACACUCGGAUGAGAGCAGAGAGAAUAAACGCCAUGGUGCACUUCCAACAGCACAACCAGGUGCCUUCCUCUGCCCUAGCUGCAACAAAACAUGUCUCUUCUGCAGCAAUCUCUACAGCCACAGCAGGUGCUGUAAUUCUCUAACGGUUUGACAUCACCCCCAAAGGUGCCCUCCUCUCUACUCUCAUGAGACAGAUGGAUCCUAACUGUUAAGUUGUGGGCGAACAUAUCAGACGACACAGCGAUUCUUCCAAAGCAGCUCUUUAUUUGUAAGCUGGAACAGAACUGAACUGAGGAGCUCAGUCAGCCUGCUUAUAUAGAGCUCCACUAGAAUACAACAGUAACCAUUUUCUGUAAAUAGCCAAUCACUGAAUGUCACUUUCGAUCCUUCAUUUGCAUACAAACUAUCCAAUCACUGAACGUCACUUUCGAUCCUUCAUUUGCAUAACUAUCUACAGUAUCCCCCUGCUGGCCCAGGGUGAGAACUUCAGAACAUAACACUAACAACCAUAUUCUUAUAUCCUCAGCCUAUCAAUUCCCAGGUUACUCUUGUAAACCAAGCAUUGCAUCUUAAAUGAGGUUGUCAGAUCAGUAAGAGUUUGUAUGUUGGAGUGGUGAGCAAUACAAUACUGCUCUCUUUAACAAUGAAAAGCUAAUUCAAGGUUAGUGUGCAGAUGAGUCUCUAACUUGUAAAUAAAUAUGUGUGUGUGUGAGAGAGAGAGAGAGAGAGAGAGAGAGAGAAAUGUUGGGUUGGAAGACUGGUUUAUAAAACCAUCAAUACAGACAACUGAAUGUGCCAACAGGAAGGAUUAAGAAAUGCUGCAUUUUCAACAUCACAUCCUUUAUUUAUCAGAAGAGAAGUUGUAGGGACAAUUAAAUGAAUUAUGCUUAUCUCAAGGAAAUUACACAGAAAAUACACAGAAGGCCAGCUUGAUGGCAGUCUCGCAAACAAUGCACUUAAGGCUAGCUUACUUAAAAGUUUAAAGCAUUUAACUAGCAAGAGAGUUUAGCAGUACCCAUCUAGAACUUUUAACCAUUCUGUGGCCUUCUAUAUUGUCAUCAAAACAAGUUCACAGCAAGGUCAUUGAAGAGAAACAUGAGGCUUGAACCUUUUAAAUUCAGUCCAGAUCCUCUCUGGUACAAUCAGUGUAGCUUGAUUGAUUCUGGGGAGAGCAUACAGCAUCCCCCCCCCCUUUUAUCUAGAAGAUUAUGCUUUCCUUCAUGCUGCUCUCAAGAGCUGGAUACGGUGCCGCAGAACUAGAAACAAGGUAUUCUCAAGGAAUCUAAAAACCUCCAAUUGAUUUAAAUGUACAUUGAAGUUUCUAGAGGGGUUUUGAGACCAUAGGCUCCUUUCAGCAUCAUAUACCCACAGGAAGGAGUUUCCUCUGUGUGUUUGAUCCGUAGUAAUUGACUAUGAAUGACAUUUGUAGUAAGAUUUAGGAUCCUGAAAAAAUUCAAACACAAAUAGUCAAAGAACCAUGCUGGUAUGUUCAUCUUAUGUGUAUACCUCAGAAGGCUUUGAUCAAAAUCACUGUCAAUGAAAUGUUUCAUAGUUCCUUUUUCAGUAACCUGUUUCUUUCAAGGUUUUCUUGUGUGGUUCCCACAUCACUACAGCAAUGGGAUGGCUGCUUCAUGUGGGAUUCUUGUUGCUUAUUGGAAAUACCUUUUUUUUGAUAGCCAAUAAUGAUGCAGUGCUCUGUUCUGUCACCAUCUGCUGCUGUUCAUGAGAAGACAGCAUAUAGCUCUGUAUGACAUCAUGGCUGUAGACCAGUUCUAAUUGAAAACCAACCAGAGUGUGGGAAGCUGGAACAGGGAAAAUAGUCCAAGAAUAUAAUGCACAUUUAAACUGGCAAUUGUCAAAGGGCUGCAUGUAUCUUUCUUCAUAAACAUUUAUUUGGAUGUUGACCACCUGCAAAAUGGCAACUUCAUACAGUGUAAAUAUAAACUAUUUCAUUGAAUUUUCAUCCCCCUGGUCUAGAAAACUAUCUUUCAUUUCCAUUCUUAAAAGCAUAAUGUAGCAUGUGCUAUAAAAAUAUACAAAAUUCCACAUAGACUAUAGUAGCCUGCAGGGGGAAAAAAGACAGGAUAUAACGAGUUGCAUAAAAUCAUAAAAGCAUUAGACUCAAACAUAUCACUAAAGGUUUCUCUCUGAAAUAAACUGCCUUUCACCGUCUCUCCUUAAAGAUAAAAAAAGAGCUGGAUUUCAUGGGCUUCUUGAGUAGACAAUUUUAAAGAACUGGGGUAACCAGCAGGUGAUUGUGGUGUUUGCCUCACAUAUCUUCUCUAAUGGGAGAAAACUCUUAACUUAUUUUGCUGAUUUUAGGACACCAGGGGUGAGGGCCAUAAAAGUUGUUGACUUUAUAUUUAUUUCGAAAAUGUAUAAAACGUUUCACAGCUUCAGGCCAUUGAAGUGGUGUGCAAGAUAAAAAAAAUAGAUAAAGUAACAAAGUGUAGUAGUCAACUAAAUUUUACUCAGAGUAUGCCCAUUGAAACGAAUGAACAUGACUAAGCUAGAUCAAUUCAUUUCAGUGGUUCUACUCUGUGCAAAAGCUGAAUUAGUCCCCCCCCCCUCAAGUUUUAAGAAACAAUAAAACCAGAGGGGGGGAGGUUCAGUUGAACUCUCCGGGGUUCCCCGGCACCUCUUAGGUGGGCGCCAUUGCCAUUUUAAGAGAAUGAGGGAGGUGUUCAUGGUGAGUUCUGGUUCCUCUUUUUUAAAAUAAUAGAAAAAUAGCCUUGAAUAAAACCACCUGUAAAACUAUAAACGCUUAAAACCAUGUCUCCAAAGUACAAUUUCAGUUCCACAAAUGAUUGGGUCACACCUCAGGGAAACCCUUCUUAAACAACAGUGCUUUCAGUAGGUGCCUAAACGCCAUCAUGUUAGAUGCAUAUCAUAAUUUCAGCUAGUAAUUUGAUUCCAGAAGUCUGGAGCUGCAACACUUAAAGGCCUGGUUUCCAGUACAAGUUAAGCCACCUUCUGGGGCAUGUGGUUCUCUGCAAUGCCUCAUUUGAGGAGCACUGUUGCCAGGCAAGGAUAUAUGGGCAAGACACUUGGCAGAGGACAAUGCGUUCUACAUGGGGCUACCUUUGAAGGUGACCCGGAAACUACAACUAAUCCAGAAUGCGACAGCUAGAUUGGUGACUGGGAGUGGCUGCCGAGACCACAUAACACUGGCCCCGAAAGACCUACAUUGGCUCCCAGUAUGUUUCUGGGCACAAUUCAAAGUGUUGGUGCUGACCUUUAAAGCCCUAAACGGUCUCGGUCCAGUAUACCUGAAGGAGCAUCUCCACCCUCAUCGUUCAACCUGGACACUGAGGUCCAGCGCUGAGGGCCUUCUGAUGGUUCCCUCACUGCGAGAAGUGAAGUUACAGGGAACCAGGCAGAGGGCCUUCUCAGUAGUGGCACCCACCCUGUGGAAUGCCCUCCCAUCAGAUGUCAAAGAAAUAAACAACUAUCUGACUUUUAGAAGACAUCUGAAGGCAGCCCUGUUUAGGGAAGCUUUUAAUAUUUGAUGAAUUAUUGUAUUUUAAUAUUUAAUCCCAAACAGACUCUGAUUGUACAUGUAGCAAACUCCAGACGUACUUUUCCUGUCUGUAGUGUCACUUCCAAAACUUGCAUCUGCAAAUAUCUCAAGACCACCAGACUUCUGAUUGUUAAAUCUCAGUCUGUAAUGCAUAGUGCCUUUCAAAUACCGCGCUAUGCGUUUCAGAGCUUUCCAAUCCUUGACACUAGGAUUGUUGACUUGUCUGCUUAGCAAAUUACAGCUAACAGCAAUGUCUGGUCUUGAACAUCUGGCAAUGAAGUCUAGCUUGCCUAGCACACUCCUGUACAGUGUAGUGUCAGAAAAUGCUUCUUCAGUGUCAUCUACCUGAUAACCUGUUGUCAUCGGUGUGUCUACAGGGUUAGCAUCCAUUAGAUUUAGUUUGCUUAACACAUCAGCAAUUUUCCGUGACUGGUGUACUAGAAUGUUACCAUCUUGAUCUCUCUCUAUUUCCAGAGAUAGGUAGUUGUUUACCUCACCAAGAUCUUUCAUGUCAAAGUGCUCUUUCAGUUGAGCUAGGGCGUUAUUGUACAUUGCGACAUCUUUCCAAAAGAAUAAUAAAUCAUCAACAUAAAACAAACAGUACAGUUUCUUUUGCCCCUCCUCUUUGACAAAUACACAUGGAUCAGCUUUCCCUUGCUGAAAACCUAGAGAAAACAAUACUUCAGUGAGUUUUGUGUGCCAACACCGUGCACUUUGUUUGAGACCAUAAAGGGAUUUCUUCAGAGCACAAACAAAUCCCUGUUUUACCUGUACGCCAUCAGGUGGAAGCAUAUAAAGUGAUUCAUUUAGAGAUCCGUACAGAAAAGCUGUAUUAAUAUCAUGGUGACUAAUGUGUAGAUUUUCCUCUGCAGCUAGCUUAAGCAUAAGCCUAAUGCUUUCAUAUCUCACUGUGGGUGAAUAGGUCUCGUGAUAGUCUUCACCUGGUACCUGUGCAAAACCUCUGGCUACCAAUCUGGCUUUGUGUCUGACUAUCUUGCCAUUUUGAUCUGUCUUCGCUUUGAAGACCCAUUUGCUUCCAAGCAGUUUCAUUCCUGGAACUACUGGAACUAGCUCCCAUGUUUUGUUCCUUUCUAAGGAAUCAAGCUCAGCCUUCAUGGCAUUUAACCAUGGCUCAGCUUCCUUUGAAUCCAAACCCUGGAUUUCUUGGAAACUUGAAGGUUCAAAUACCUUCUUGGAGCUUUUAACAGCUGUUACUGCUAUCUUAGCAAACUCAUCAGCAAAUCUCUUUGGAGGUUUGCCUUUUGUGGCUCUCUGUGACCUACGAAUUAGCCUUAAGUCUUCAACACUCUCCUCUUCCUUCUUAGGAGAAAAACGACCUAUUGUGAACAAUGGUUCCUCCAAUUCUUGAUCAGAGCUUUCAGAGGGUCGCAUAGAGGCUUUCGCACUCUUGAAAUCCUCUGAAUCACCCGAUUCAGUUUCAGAUUCAGACUCAGAACCUUCAUCAGUGGGUGUGGGCUGUUGUGGUUGCUUUUGACUAUCCUCAGUCUCAUCACCGUCAUCAGGAUAACAUUGGAAAAUUCCCACAUUCUCCCCCACUUUGCAUUGUACUCAACACUUCUCGUGAGCUUAAUUGUCUUAGAGUCAGUCAUCAUUAUUCUGUAAGACCCUUUCUGAUAACCUAGAAAGAUACCAUGCAAUCCACGCUUGUCUAACUUGGAGUUUUGUGGUGAGCGAACCCACAUGUCAGAACCAAAAAUUUUCAUGUGUUUGAUGUAUGGCUUCUUGCCAAACAUCUUCUCAUAGAGGUACAACCAAUCGCUGAAGAUAGCCUGCGAUUGUAACUGUAAACAAAACACGAGAGAGAUUCGGCCCAAUAACUCUCUGGAAGAUUGGCAUCAUGCAGCAAGGUCUUUAACCCUUGAAGCAAUGUCUGAUUUGCCCGCUCCGCAAGUCCAUUCUGCCAUGGCGAGCGAGGACUAGACAAAUCGUGUUGAAUUCCUUUCUCAGUCAGAAAAGCUUCAAACUGCUGAGAAGUGAAUUCCCCCCCGCGAUCACUGAAAAGAGUCUUUAUCUUCUUACCAUGCACAUUUUCUAACCAAGCACAGAAUUCCUUGAACCUAGGAAAAGCCUCCGAUUUCUGCUUGAGAUUGUACACAAAAAUAUAUCUAGAAAAUGCAUCAAUGAGAACCAUGAAGUACCUAUUUCCACCCAAAGAGGGCGCAAGUGGUCCAACCAAAUCAGCAUGAACAACCUGGUAUGGUUCUGUAGCUUUCCUACUAGACACCUUACCUUUCGCAGCCAUUUUGACCUUGUUUGCUGCGCAUGCUUUGCACUUCAUGUGGUACCUGCAGGGUUUAAUAGUCAUACCUUCAACCAAGGCAGGCAUUUUAGAUACUGCCUCAAAAUGCAAAUGACCAAAUUUGCGAUGAAAAUCGUGAAUACAUUCUGCAUGCAAACUUUUGUUAGAACCUGCAAUGCAACAAGUGUCAUCCUGCACCACAUCAUCAUAAUACAAAACAAACAAAUGAUCAACAUAUUCUGCAUGCAAUACAUAAUCAUUUUUCUUUGUGAUGAUGCACUUCUUGUUCUUGAAGGAAACGUCAAUGUUCCGCUCAUUCAGCUGUCCAACGCUGAGCAGAUUAUGUUUGGCGUCUGGCACGUAAAGCACAUUCUGUAUCGAUAAGUCCAAACUGUGAAGAACAACAGUUCCGUAGCCUUUACUGGGAAUAGUGUGGUCAUCCGCCUGGUGAAUCGCACCUUCCUGCGGUGUAAAAGACACAAACAGUUUCUUAUCGUUGCACAUGUGGUGGGUGGCCGCUGAAUCAACAACGAAGAAAGAUCUAGACGUCUUCUGGACCUCUGCAACCUUUGGAGUGAAGCGUGAAACCAUAGCCUUGUGCUGCGUUGUCCUUGACACCGGACCUUUGCCUUUGCCUCGGCCUUUUCCGCGCGAUGAGCUUUCGCUGCGCUGCUCUGUCUUGGCCCUGGGAUGUCUGCAUUCCCUCUUCAUAUGGCCUAGACGUCCACAUGAGUAGCAUUUCACUGCCUUCAAAGCUUUGGCGCCAUCUGGUGGUUCCACUGCACUAUGGGAUGACGUCUGUGAAGACUCUCCCUUGCCCAUGCAGCUAGCACCCCGGCGAUCUGCUUCAUUUAAAAUCACGGCAGUAACAAAGUCCACUGUCAGCUGAGCAGUUGGUUGCACAGCAAUCUGGGUUGCAACAGACUCCCAACCUGAACCUAAAGAUUGUAGUAUCAUGAAAGAAUACACAGCCUCUGGAAAGUUGAGUCCUCUCUGUUGCAGCUCAUGUCUCAGAUUUUGCAUCUCCAUUAGAUGUAAACGCACAUCUCCACCUUCAGCAAGAGCCAUAUUGUGCAGCUUGUUAAAAUAAAACAUAGUGGAUCCAGCUUCUGUCCUUAAGUGAGCCUCUCUCAGAGCGUCCCAAAUUUCUCUGGCUGAGGUCUUAUCACGCAAUAGACAGAGCUCUUCUGGGGAUACAAUCAAUGUAAGAGUUCCACAAGCUUUGGAAUCCUUAGCUUCCCAUGCAUCUGUAACUGGAACUGGGGGGGUUCCUGUAAUCACUUCAAACAAACCCUCUUUCCGCAGAAUUGCCUCUGCAUACUGAACCCAGUCGCUGUAAUUUGUUUUGUUGAGCUUAGGAAUCCCACAAGCAUCCUGAAGGGUCAUCAUGACUCUGGCAUUAGCCUUCAGCGUCAUAUGCUGCUUUAAAUCUUGCUGCGUCACUGCUGCAGCUGCCUCAUUACAAAGGCACACUUAAAAGUUACUUUCGAUUUCCCCAGCAUAGUGACUUGUGCCUGGGAGCCUUUUGCCUAUUUGCAAAACCGGCUUUAAAAGUUCAAAGUCCAGCCAUAAAGCCAUUAACUUGAAGCUGGCAGGCUGCCCGGAGCAGUAGCACAUACCUCAUCAAUCACUUCUACGCGCAGAGCAGAUUCCUUUCCGAUCCGUCCCUCUGCAUUCCGAUCUGCCGGCACUCCGAUUCGACCUCUGGAGUCCAUAACCACGUGUUGAUUUAAAGCAGAGUCUGGUUGCCCAGCGGAAGGAUGAGGAAAAUGUGUUACAUACUCUAUAUUGCUUUAUUUACAGUUCAAAGCUGGUAUAUUACAGAAAGACAUCUUGCCCUGCCGGAGCAGAAAAUGCAUCCUCUCUCCUCGACAGCUUGGAGAGAAUCACACAGUGAAAAAAACAGGAAACCAGUGUACGUCACAUCCAGUCUCCCUUUCCCGUGAGAAACUCCAACAGUAACUCUGACUGUGGAAUGCAAAACAAUGUCUUGUGACUGCAGUUGCUGCUCAGUGAGGGAAAUAGAAACCAACAGUUACAGGGAACCAGGCAGAGGGCCUUCUCAGUAGUGGCACCCAGAAGACAUCUGAAGGCAGCCCUGUUUAGGGAAGCUUUUAAUAUUUGAUGAAUUAUUGUAUUUUAAUAUUUUGCUGGAAGCCGCCCAGAGUGGCUGGGGAAACCCAGCCAGAUGGGCGGGGUAUUUAUUAUUAUUAUUAUUAUUAUUAUUAUUAUUAUUUUAUUUUGAAGUUGAACUUACUUUAACAGCCAAAAUGAAAAGAAAAGCCACAGAACACUGUACCUUUAAAACGGUUUGAAACUGAGUGAUAAGUUAUCAGUGUUAUACAUAUUCAGAAUCACAGCCUCUUUUUAAACAGACUAGCAUCUCCUCCCUACCCUGCCCACAUUGUGAUCCCUGCUGCCUAGUGAUACAAUUUGUGAAACUAUUGUAUGCAUCCUAUGAUUAUACAUUCAUUUGUUCUUUUAAAAAAAUGAAGUUUGAAGUAAGUUAGAGAAGCACAUUACUGAACUUUAAAUGAUAAUGUGUCCUUUUGUGAUGAAUGAUUUUCUCUGCUUUCCUCAUAUUUAGUAGUUAAACUAAAUGUUGAUGGAAAUUGCAAAAACGGAAGAUUAUGACAAAAAUAUAUACAUGUAAUUCACAAUAAUUCCAAUUUAAAAACUAAUUAAAACUUGUUAAUGAGGUACUUUAUUAUCUGUACUCGUACUGCAAAAUCUCCUCGUUAGUGCAGCAUUGACAAGAUUCAUUUGAGAGCAGCCAUAUUGCUUUAUCAUAUCUAUAUAAUCUUCGUUUCAAAGGUUUUACCAGUUUGCUCACCCAUUUUUUCUUUGAUGUUGCAGUACAAGGGGCAUAUCCAGGAAUAAUGGAUUUCCCCUUGAUAAGGCUUUGUUUUGUUAUCUUUCAGAUGGCUGAUUUCAUCUUUGAAAAUCUUAAUCUUUCAAUACCAUCCCUCUGGGUAUGACCACUUUGCAAGGUUCUCUUGAAUAUAUAGCUUAAAAAUGGGAAAAUAUGAGAAUUCCUGAAAUUGAUGUCCAUUUGUAUGGUUGUUUCUUUUAACUUAGUUUUUAUCUGACUUCAGAAGGAUUCGACCAAAGUAACCAUGGCCAUUUUUCUGAAAACAUUGCAAGUGUCUCUUAGCAAACAGCUGAUUUAUCAUUGACAUUUUCUAUCCCUAUAAUAUACUUAAUACAUUGUUGUUACAAAGCAUCAUAGAAUUGUAGAUUUAGAAGGCACCUCAAGGAUCAUUUAACCCCCUGCAAUGUAAUUCAGGAAUUACAGCCAAAGGAUCCCUGACAGAUGGUCAUCAAACCUCUGCUUAAAUACCUGCAGUGGAAGAGAGUCUACUGCCUUCCAAACUAGUUAAUUCCACUGUCAAACAGUUACUGGUAUUACGGCCAGAAAGUUCUUCCUCAUGUUUAGUCAGAAUCUCCUUUCUUGUAAUUUGAAUCCACUGGUUUGGGUCCCAUACUCUGGAGCACCAGAUAACUAGCUUGCUCCAUCUUCAAAUAUUUGAAGAUGGCUAUUGUAUCAGCAACCAGUCUGUUCUCCACACUAAACAUAUCCAACUUCAUCAUUAUAACCUUGGCCACCCUCCUCUGCACAUUUUUCAGCUUUUCAAUAUUUUUCUUAAACUGUGGUGCCCAGAACUGGAGACACAGUUUCUCCACACGUUGUAUAACCAGGAUAGAAUAGAGUGGCACUCUUACUUCAAUUGAUGUGAACACCAUACUUCUGUUUAUGCAGCCUAGAAUUUCUUUGCUGCCGUAUCACACUGUUGACUCUUGAUAAGCUUGUGGUCUACUAAGACCCUAGAUUCUUUUCACAUGUAUGCACUACAGGCAAUCCAGGUGUCCCCCAUCUUAGACUUGCUUAUGCAAGUCCCAAACUAGGGAGCCUAGUAACCAAAAGGUAACAUUUUGAUGGUAUUGAUAUGGUCACACUUGCCAUGUCCUCUCUUUUGACCCAUACACUUCUCGUGCACAAAUUCCCAUGCAAUGAAUGGUUUUUGUACAAGUCUACAUGUUUUCCUUUUCAUUUCAGUUGUCCUUACUCAGUAGAAAGUUUUGGUAAAUUGUGCUCAACAUGAGUUACUUUUUGAUAAUGUGUGAGUAACAGCUGACAUCCACAAGGCACCUUUAUUAGUGGGGCUGUCUGGAUUAUUCUGACUCCAGCACUUUAACUCACUCAUCUUGUUCUGAUGUCUGCUUGCUUCAGAGACAGCUUGCAUGCAUUAUUCUGUAUUAUGGCAAGUUUGUUUAUACUGUUUAAAGCUGAACAUACACUGUGUGAAGAUUGUUUUCCUUGACUUAGAUCCAACUGUGCAAAAAACAUUCAAAACUAUCAUGGGUCUAAUCUUGCAGAAAUGAAACUAAUAUAGUAUUAAGCCCUUAGUUUAAAUAGCAAACAGCCUUUAGGGAUAUAAUAAAUAAUUGCAUAUUUUUGUCAGUCAAAUCUGUUUCACCACAAAAUAGAGUAAACAUUGUUUUUCUUGAAUUCUGAAAUAUCUGCUGACAAGUUCAUGGUAUUGAUCUUCUCUAUUUCUUUUUGAGUUAUCCUGUGGUUUAUUAUUGAGCAUUGCCUUUGUCUGGGUUUUCUGGCUACCUAUCUUGCAAUGUUUAAUUCAACUAAAUUGCAGGGUGUUUGUCGUUUAUCCACUCCUGUUCACCCCCCCCUAUUUAUUCACAGUUACUUUGCUCUACAUUUACACAAGCGUUUUUUUGAGGAUAACUGGGCUGCCCUGUAGGUGUUUGUUUUCCAUCCUUUUCACAUAUGAAGAUUUAAUGUGAUAAAGUCAUCACAAUAUGACUUUUACCUCGCAUGUUUCAUAUGGUGAAUAUUUCUUGUCAGUGUUCUCCCUGUAGUGACACCUAGUAUUUGCCAUAUUUAGCAACGUGUUAGUUCUCAGGCUUUUACUCAUACAUGAUAAAUACUAGCUGUCAUCUUGUAAGACCACAUUCACAAGAAAUAUUCUCUUCAUGAACAGAACAUUUAAAAUUCUCUUGUGAUGACUUUGCUACAUAAAAAGCAAUGCAUGAAUCAGCCGUUGGAUUUCUCUCUCUCUUAAAAACAGCCUGUGAGCAUUGACAAGUUGCAAAAACUUUUGAAAAGACUACAAUAGUAUAUUUCUUUCAAAUCUGUGGGAUUUGUGGAAUGGGCAAGUAAAAGGGGAAAAUAUUAUUGAACAGAUAGGUCACUGGGAAACCGCAGCACUGAAAUUGUGAAAUGGUCAAAGAAGGUACAAGGAUACAGAUAGAUUGACCAGAACAGAACAAAGUCAGUGGCAAUUGUCUAGGGACAAGUUUCUCCAUGCAGUGGGGUGGAUCUAGAGUUAAGCUCAGCAGAGCUUUGCUUCUACUGGAAGAAAGGGUGUGAUCUUCAUGGAUUCCUUUGCCUCCUGAAAAGUUGCUUCAGUGGUUGGGAGGGACUCCAUAGCAGCAUGAGCUCUCUCUCUCUCUCUCUCUCUCUCUCUCUCUCUCUCUCUGUGUGUGUGUGUGUGUGUGUGUAGGGGAAAUGCUAAGUUGAUAAGGAACAUCUUCACAUUUCCUUAAGCAGAUCUCUGCUGGAUCUCUGUUCCUUGUCUGUACAUAAGGAGCCUUCCCAUUUGCAGAGUAGUUAAUCUGGACCUACUGCUCAGGGAUUAUAGUGAUUUUCAGUCAAGCAUGUUGGUGUCACAAAUGAAAUAUGUGUUAAACUCAUGCACAGAACUGUAUUCACUACAGCACUUACGGAAAAGUGUCUUUACCCCCAAAGACACACUCUUCUUCCAUUGUCUCUUGAGACAGACUGAUGCCAACAACAUGGGGGGUUAAUGUUUUCUAAGGAAAAUGGAUAAGAUCAUGGAAUUCAUGUAUAUACUGCAUUGCUUCAAGUAUUGAAAAGUAGAAAAAGGGCUCGCCACAGAGUAAAACUCAAUUGUAUUACAUGAAUCAUUAGCUUAAUUGUGUUUUCUAUUUUACAUUUCUGCAGAAAAAGGCAAUAAUUAGGUACUCUACUAAGAUUCUGCGGUAUAAAUGUGAAGAUUAACCAUGACCUGUGUUUUUGUUGGAAAGUACAAUUUCAUAACUCCCAAGAAAAGCUUUGGGGAAAUUAUUCUGUCUCCCCACUUCCCAUUGUGUCAUUUCCACUUACCAAAAGCAAUGUGGAUUAUGAUCCUGUCAUGACACUUGUCUGCAUGUGAAUGGAUGCAAGUCAGAUAUUAGUCAUGGUGUGGAACAGGGGGAAACAAUGUGCUGCCCACCAGAUGGUGUUGGACUGCAGUUUACAUAAUCCUGACCAUUAAGCCGUGCUGACUAGGGCUGAUGGGAGUGGGCAUCCAACAUCUGGGAGGCUUCCACAUUGAGCACAUCUGGUCUGUACAGUAAGGAGUGGGGAAACACUGACCAGCACAUUUUCCCCAUUUCUUAUGUGAGAUGUAGCUUUUGAGACUUGGUUUUUAUCAAAGAUUCUAAAAUCUUGCUGAGAAGACCUCUUUCUGUCUUCUAGAACUUAUUACUUUACAAGAAUGGAUGCCACGCCAACUUCCUUUAUAGCAGUCUAAACAUAAUCUUUGAAUAGCAAAAGCACAAUAUGUGAGAGAGCCAUCAAGAUCCCAAGCAUCCAUGUUACUUCUGUAGCUGUGAUGCUGAUUGUGGUGUUUUAAUAUUUUGGCACCAAGGCCAGCUGAACUGAUUGGAACUGGAGGCAGCCAUAUUGAAUAUCAUUCCAUUGUCUCCCAAUGGAUGCUGUUAACUUCUUGAAGUUGGAAGAGAACAUGCAAGACAGUAGCAAGCACAGGGGGUAGUGUGGCAUGACCGCUAUUCACCAACAGUUUUUCUCCAGUUUUUUCACACAAUUCUGCACAUAACUGACCUCUGCUUUAGGGAAGUUCUAACUAUAACAUUGUAUUGUGUUGUAAACCAUGGGUGCCACAAGUCACACCAGGAGAGUCUGUGGGCCUUCCUUUGAUGUUUACUCAGGCAUGCACAUUGUAUGGGUUUGCCUCUAUAGACUGUAGGCCUAUACCCACCUACAUGGGUAUAAGCCAUUUAAACUCUAGGGGCCUUUGUAGAGAACUGUGCUUUGAAGAAGAAAGGGCUGCAUGCAUAUGUACUAUAGCAGGGAUGUCCAACAGGUCAAUCACAAUCUACUGGUCAAUCCCCAGGAGGCUUUGGUAGAUCGCGGUCAAUAUCUGGCUCCUCCAUCAGCCCCCGCCCCCUCACCCCACUCUCUAGACCCUGUCCGCUAGAAUGGAAGAAGGAGCUCUCACUGCUAGGCUGACUGUUUCAUUAGUGAUCUCUUGGUGAGAUACUUUUUUCAUUUAUUCCUUUCCCCUGCUCUCUCUCCCCCCCCCCCAAUGGGGUUCAGGUCAAAACUCAACAACUUUGACCUGAAACCCCCCCCCCCCCCCAAAAAAGGGUAGAUCACUGCCAGUUUUCAAUUGUGUGAGUAGAUUGCAGUCUCUUGGAAGUUGGUCUUCCCUGUACUAUAGCAAACACUCAAGUGGUACAACUUCAUAAUUUUGGAUUUGCUUUGUGGUGCGCUCCUUUCAAGACUGAUCCCUAUUGGUGUAGAUUUUUAGGUAGCAGAGUGUGCAACAGACCAGAAUGGUCUGUUGUUGCAUUUGGCAGUCAACCACAUUAAUGGUUUGCAUAUUGGCCUUGUUUACACAAUAACCAUGCUUUAAAGGUAAGCAUGUAGCAUGCUGGGAGAAAAAUCACCAUUGCCACUAUUAAGAGCUAAUCCAUGGUUUGGCUCAGUGUUAAAUCUGAUCAUGGGCUUAAGGUUUGACUCCCACAAACAAACCAUGAGUACUAAACCAAGAACAAACCUUGGUUAUGGCUCAUGAAUUGUUUGGAGAUAGAGAGCAGAGAGAAACCAUGAACCUGGGUUCAGACACAACUCUAAGCCAAACCAUAGCUUAGAUCCCAGUAGCACAGCAUAAGUGGGGAAGGCACAAAGUGGACAUAGCUUUGACCCUGAGUACCAACAUUCCACAUGUUCUUCUUUAAACCAUGGUUAUGCUUAACUGAGGCUUCAAGUGACAUGGGAACUGAGCCACUGAUUGUCAUAUGGCCCUGCUUUGGGGUGAAUAGCAGCAGUGUUUGAGGUGCAUUAGCUUAUAGGCUGACAAAUUCUAUAUGCUCUGUGAGGCACUUUGAAAAACUUUGGCUGACAGGAACAGCCUACAGAAGCAAUGAAGGCUGCAACCCACACCCUCUAGAUGAAGAAAUGGCUGUUUCAUUUUGGUGAUUCAUACAGGAAGACAGCUGAAAUGUUUUAUGCUGAACGCAGCUUCAGCAUCUACAUUGUGUAAGAAGUAUGAACAGCUUUAAUAUACUUACUGCAUUUUGAAAAUAGAAAUACUGGCCUGGAGCAGUCAUGGAUGGGCUUCAGGAAUACUAAUUGUUUGUGUACAUGAAUAAGCUUAUAAAUGGUUAUUUCUGAGGGCUUAUUUUGCUCAUCAGUGCCAGUAUAAGAAAGGGUGGGUGAAUUAUUAUAUUACCUACACAGCCUGCUAAUGUGUUCAGGGUUUGAUGGAAAGUGCCUUUAACUUGCCAUGAACUCCUUUCCUACUGAGCCACCUCUACAUUUAAAGUAGGCAAAGAGCCAUUACACUAAUCCACUGUGCCAUCAUAUCUCUGGAAAACACAUGUAAGCAAUUGCAUUGAAUAUUCAUAUUUGAUGCAAGAUGUAUUAAAAUCUGUGUAUUUGGCACCAUAUACAGCUACAGUUUUGGAUUGGUGGCACUUUCAGCUUUGUUAUUUUUAAUUGUGCAAGUUUGUUCUUUCAGUAAAGCCAUCUAUGCUGCUCAUAUUGGGAUUUGGAGGGAGGGGAGGGCGGAGGGAGACAGAGAGACCUAACAGAUUUGGACCUUUUCACUUUGUAAUCCAUGUAAAAUGGCAGAAAACAUAAUGACCAGUCAUUUCAUUUGUUUUGUUUUCCAAUCAGAUCCGAUUGUAUGCAAGACCUGAUGCCAUCAGAAGAGGAUCUGGGGAUUAUGCUCUAAACAUUACUCGGAGACUAGUUGAGUUUUAUGAAGACUACUUCAAAGUGCCCUAUUCCCUGCCAAAAUUAGGUAAGCUGGUUGAGAGGAACUGA